AAGAUAUCGACCAUUCCCUGAGGGUGAUCUACAUAACUAUAGGUUAAAUCGAUCGUAAAUAAUGAUGAAGAUAAGUCGGCAAUUCACUGUUUAUGGAAGUGCCAUAUUCUGUGUUGUCAUCUUCUCAUUGUACCUGAUGCUGGAUCACCUGCAAUUAGACCAUACCAAAAGUCCAAACAAUGGUGGGGAUAGAUUGCAAAAUGUAAGUUUUUCAUUUCGUUGGCUGUUUGGUUCAGAUAGGCUACUUAUUUUCUCACUUUUUGCAGUCUAGAUCAGACAUGCAUGUGUAAUAUCGUAGCGUAUAACUUGAGUGGAACGUUGUUUUUACAUGGUUGCACAAAUAUUAAUGACUUUGUAAAGUAGCCCAUUUCCUCAAUAUCCUAUGUUGUGUAGCUAACCACAUAGAGAACUGGCUGCUGUAGGCUUACUAAUUAGCCUACAAUGUUUUAACGUUACAAUGUAGGCCUAUUCAACGUUCCAGACAAUGUAAACACAUUUUCAACUGUAGCCUGUACAGUAGGCUACAUACCGUCUUUGUGUUACAUGAUAGAGUUAUCGUCUUGCAACAGACAUGGUUCCAAUGAACCUAAUUGUGUAUGACUUCCUGAAAACUCCAGUGUUCAUUUGCACAUUGAGAUCUAGAUCGUGGGCAGGGUUGUAUGUUGCAUAAUUCCAUUCCGGAAUGAGUGAAAACUAGUCUUCCUAAGCAGACAGGUAGCCUCCCACAAUGUUCCAGCACACACCUAUAUUAUUAUACAACUAUUAUUCACCCAGUGCUGUUGCCCAAGGUCUGGGAUUUCCGAGACUAAGUGGAAACUGGUCAAAGUGGUCAUGUUUGUGCAACAAGAAGGUUACUGACCUCUUGUUUUCUAUAUAUUCGUCAUUUCCACUUCCUUUCCUUGAGGUCUUAAAAAUUAACCCUAAAUGCAUUGACACUUUGGAUUUGUCACCAUGGAUGACAUAGGUCCUCAUUUUGGUAACACUACAAUACGGUUACUUUUAUAAAGGGUUUACAGCUAGUUUAUUGACAGUCAAUUAACAUAUUAAUAGACUCAUUAUAACUAAUUUAUAAAUAUUUAUUGCAUAAUUAUAUGCAUACUAUAUUGUAUAAAGCCAGUAAAUGUGUUCUCCUCCGUCCCUGCUUCUCCUUCAUCAGGGCCAGUUGUCCAUCCUCCAGGAUAAGAUUGACAGCUUGGAGAGACUACUGUCAGAGAACAAUGAGAUCAUAGCCAACAUCAGGGACUCUGUGAUCAACCUGAAGGAGUCGGUCAAGGAUGGCCGAGGGGGUCCUGACGGCGGGAACAUGAGCCAAGGGCCCUACCUAGAACUUCUGGCUUCGCCUUCACUGGUCCUCCAUAUUGACUCCCAAGACUGUCAGUUUGCAGCAAGGGAGUUCUCCAAGCCAGCAGAUGGGGUGCAGGUAAGAGUUUUAUAAGGUGGAUACAAUGAGAAACAAACAGUUCAGGUAUUUGUGUAGCGACAUUGUUGUAGGAUUGAACUACGAUCGGAUCUGUUCAACAUACUCCAGGGAAAGUUUGAAGUGAACAAACCUCCAUGCACAAAGUUAACAGCCAGUGUUUAUUUUUAUUUAACUCUGAAUUUCACCUCUUUUAAUAAGCUACAUCAUUAUACAAAGAGACACCAUCAUGACCUCAUUACCAUGAUGCCAACCUUCCAUGCUGAAUUGCUCCUAGUGUGAAAUAUGAAGCCUUGUAAUAGCCAUAGGGAAGAUACUUAUUACAAUGUGUCGUGGUUAUGGUGUUGAAAUGAAGGACAAAUGUAAAAACCAUUACACUACCAUUAUACUAUGUACCAUGAAUAUGUUAUUGAAUAUUUUUGAAAUUAAUAUCAUGAGCACACAGAACGCGUAAUGCAUUAGUAUACAGCUGGAAUUAAUUCAAAAAGGUGUAAUCUGAAUGGGUUUUGGUUAUAUUAUCUGGUCUGGUUGGACUAUCCUUUUCCUUUCCAGUUGUCCAUCAAGUCAGGUGAGAUAUUGAAUGCCAGCUCAUCAGAAAUGUAUCUGGUUGUAUAUGUUGGAAAUGUAAAAGGAUGAGACUGCGGUUUGACUUGAAAGACCGGUUUCUUUAGAUAGAGUUAAUACCUUUUAGGUACAGUUAAGUCACUCUAUAUGCAAGAAUGUUACGGAUCGAAAAGAAACCUAUCACUCCUGUGCUUAAAUAUACAGAAUGAGACAGCCUCCCAGCCACAAUAUGUCUGUAUAUACAGCAGGGAUCAUCAACUAGAUUCAGCCGCGGGCCGAUUUUUUAAUGAGCGGCUGGUCGGGGGGCCGGAACAAAAUUACAAAUAAUUUGUAUACUGCAAAUUGACCGCAAGAGCCCAAACAGAUAUAAUGUUUGACUAAAAGAUAAUCAUUUCAAACCUUGCUUACAUUUGUGUACGAUCACGUGUCUCUCUAUGUGUGGGAAUACUUGGGAACAGAUUUCGUUAAUUAAACUCACUUGGAGCUGAUUUCCUGGUGUUUUUACAGUCUUUUAUGUCCAACAAUGAAAAUUCCCCAAAAGAAUAAUACAAAAUAUAUAUACUUUUUUUGUUGCUCCGAAGACUUGGGGGGACAAAUAAAACCAUCCGCGGGCCGCUAGUUGGGGAACCCUGAUAUACAGUAUAUCUCAUCAUAUUUGUUCUUGACACCAAUCAUGAUAACAAGCUCAUUUCUAUGAUUUAUAUUCCUUUUAUUAAAAUCAUGGCUUUAGUCAGUGGCUUUUGUACCAUAGAGCAGACAUUCUGUCAUCUUGUCCUCUCUGUAUCACAUUCCAUUCAGUCCAUCAUUUUAUUUGGCCAAUAGACAAAGAGAGAUAUUUAAGUUGGCGUGAGUCCCAAAGAAACCCCCAAGCGGUCUCGAUUUGUGUUAGAAGUUCCAUCUCUCAUUUGCAUUCUUCUGACCUGCUGAUAUGACUGUUAUCCUACACAGAAUUCCAGGAACAGAUGCACUGCUUUCUUUCUUGUUUUCUUUAUUUUCUCUGUGGUGGAUUAGACACUUUAACCGCCACUGUGACUUAAAGUAAACACAAAACUGAAUCGGAACCAAAUACAUGAAACUUCCGUAAACAGUUCUAGAGUACAUAGCCUAAUAAAGUGAGGCUUUGCUGCAAACCAUACAUUUUAGUCAUUUAGCAGACGCUCUUAUCCAGAGCGACAUACAGUCGUGAGUGCAUCCAUUUUUCAUACUGGUCCCCCGUGGGAAUUGAACCCACAACCUUGGCAUUGCAAGUGCCUUGCUCUACCAACUAAGCCACGCAUUGCCCCCGUAGUGUCACAGUGUAAUGUGCAAUACUCUUAAUACUCCUAAUAAUACAUUGUUGACAAUAAACAGGUUAGAUAUACUUCAGUGUAUGUUAGUCUUCUUCAUGGUACCUCAAGAAUAUCCCACUCAUUGUUUUUUGUUGUUGUUUAUUUUUCAGUUGCUAGAUGUGUAUGACCUCCUGACCUUUGACAACGCUGAUGGGGGAGUGUGGAAACAAGGCUUUGAUAUCACCUACCAGGAGAAUGAAUGGGACAGUGAGCCACUACAAGUAUUUGUUGUGCCCCACUCACACAAUGAUCCUGGUAAGCAGUGCACUACUUCUGAGCAUUAAAGGGACGUUACACUCGUAAAUCAGGUUGUAGUUCUUCACAAUCGAAUGCGUGGGACAUGGAUUUACACAAGACUACUUUAGAGGUUUGAAAACAAUUUUGCAAUGUUUAUUUUGGAGUGUAUUGUCCCUUUAAAGCUAACCUGGAAACACUGGACAUUCUUCUGUGACUUCUUCAAUGCUUUGUUUUCUCUACUUAAUGCAGUCACACCUUGUGCAGACAGGAAGCAAAGCGUAGGCCGCUCCACAGCAGAGUCAGGAUUCAAAUUUCGCUCCUUCCUGGGUUAAUUGUGUUUCAUAGUCUGUCAAGGGAACAAGCAUUAUACCACAGUACACAACAUAAAGACAAGCAUUAUAGACGGGUUAGCUGACAACGUCACGAAAACGAUGCACGCGCUUCAAUGGGGCAGAAGGCCGUGUGUUGUUAUGAUUCUGGAUGGCCAGAUAGCUAGCAACAAUGACAAGAAACUGCCAUGUGGGGAAUCGUAGGUUGCUCAUUUCAGCUAAUUGUAUCUUGUUCUUGAUACCAUGUCUUGUUUUGAGGGGUUUUGAUUGACAUUUAUGCUAAUAUGGCUACAAUUCGCUAGCUAGCUAACCAACAAAUUAGAUGAUGUAUUUGAGAGACAACAAGUGCUCAUUGUGCAAAUGUAUUUAUGUUUUCAAUAAAUAUUGGAGACAAAAUAUAGUUUACAUGUUGUCAACAAUCUAAGCCAACCCAGUCUGUUUUGCCCCAUAGUUGCGCACAUGUCUGUUUUGUUGCUAAACAACCAACCUGUCUAUACCACAUUAUAAACUGGGGGGUUCGAGCCCUGAAUGCUGAUUCGCUGACAGUCCCCUGUACCUCAAUUGGUAGAGCAUGGCACUUGCAACGCCAGGGUUGUGGGUUCGUUUCCCAAGGGGGGCCAGUAUGAAAAAUGUAUGCACUCACUAACUGUAAGUUGCUCUGGAUAAGAGCGUCUGCUAAAUGCCUAAAAUGUAAAUGUGGUAUAUCAAAUCAAAUGUUAUUUGUCACAUGCACGUGUUUAGCAGAUGUUAUUGCGGCUGUAGCGAAAAUGCAUGCGCUUCUAGCUCCGACAGUGCAGUAAUAUCUAACAAGUAAUAUCUAACAAUUUCACAACAUAUAACCAAUACACACAAAUCUAAGUAAGGAAUGGAAUUUAAGAAUAUACACUACCCUUCAUAAGUUUGGGGUCACUUAGAAAUGUCCUUGUUUUCGAAAGAAAAGCAUUUUUUUGGUCCAUUAAAAGAACAUCAAAUUGAUCAGAAAUACAGUGUAGACAUUGUUAAUGUUGUAAAUGGCUAUUGUAGCUGGAAAUGGCAGAUUUUUAACACAAUAUCUACAUAGGUGUACAGAGGCCCAUUAUCAGCAACCAUCAGUCCUGUAUUCCAAUGGCACGUUGUGUUUUCUAAUCCAAGUUUAUAAUUUGAAAAGGCCAAUUGAUCAUUAGAAAACCCUUUUGCAACUAUGUUAGCACAGCUGAAAACUGUUAUGCUGAUUUAAAGAAGCAAUAAAAAGGCCUUCUUGAGACUAGUUGAGUAUCUAGAGCGUCAGCAAUUGUGGGUUCGAUUACAGGCUCAAAAUGGCCAGAAACAAAUAACUUUCUUCUGAAACUUGUCAGUCUAUUCUUGUUCUGAGAAAUGAAGGCUAUUCCAUGCGAGAAAUUGCCAAGAAACUGAAGAUCUCGUACAACGCUGUGUACUACUCCCUUCACAGAACAGCGCAAACUGGCUCUAACCAGAAUAGAAAGAGGAGUGGGAGGCCCCGGUGCACAACUGAGCAAGAGGACAAAUACAUUAGAGUGUCUAGUUUGAGAAACAGACGCCUCACAGGUCCUCAACUGGCAGCUUCAUUAAAUAGUACCCGCAAAACACCAGUCUCAACGUCAACAGUGAAGAGGCGAUUCUGGGAUGCUGACCUUCUAGGCAGAGUUACAAAGAAAAAGCCAUAUCUCAGACUGGCCAAUAAAAAGAAAAGAUUAAGAUGGGCAGUCUGAGAUUCUAAUGAUCAAUUAGCCUUUUAAAAUGAUAAACUUGGAUUAGCAAACACAACGUGCCAUUGGAACACAGGACUGAUGGUUGCUGAUAAUGGGCCUCUGUACGCCUAUGUAGAUAUUCCAUUAAAAAUCAGCUGUUUCCAGCUACAAUAGCCAUUUACAACAUUAACAAUGUCUACACUGUAUUUCUGAUCAAUUUGAUGUUAUUUUAAUGGACAAAAAAAUUGCUUUUCUUUCAAAAACAAGGACAUUUCUAAGUGACCCCAAACUUUUGAAUGGUAGCGUAUAUAUAUAUAUAUAUAUAUAUAUAUAUAUAUAUAAGCAAUGACAGAGCGGCAUGGACUAAGAUACAGUAGAAUAUUAUAGAAUACAGUAUAUACAUAUGAGAUGAGUAAUGCAAGAUAUGUAAACAUUAUUAAAGUGACUAGUGUUCCAUUUCAAGUGGCCAGUGAUUUAUAUAGGCAGCAGCAGCCUCUAAUGUGCUAGUGAUGGUUAUUUAACAGUCUGAUGGCCUUGAGAUAGAAGCUGUUUUUCAUUCUCUCGGUCCCAGCUUUGAUGCACAUGUACUGACCUCACCUUCUGGAUGAUAGCGGGGUGAACAGGCAGUGGCUCGGGUGGUUGAUGUCCUUGAUGAUCUUUUUGGCCUUCCUGUGACAUCGGGUGCUGUAGGUGUCCUUGAGGGCGGGAGUUUGCCCCUGGUAAUGCGUUCAGCAGACCACACCACCCUUUGGAGAGCCCUGCCGUUGCGGGCGGUGCAGUUGCCGUACCAGGCGGUGAUACAGCCCGACAGGAUGCUCUCAAUUGUGCAUCUGUAAAAGUUUGUGAGGGUUUUAGGUGCCAAGACAAAUUUCUUCAGCCUCCUGAGGUUGAAGAGGCUCUGUUGUGCCUUCUUCACCACACUGUCUGCGUGGGUGGACCAUUUCAGUUUGUCAGUGAUGUGUACGCCAAGGAUCUUGAAGCUUUCCACCUUCUCCACUGCGGUCCCAUCGAUGUGGAUAGGGGGGUGCACCCUCUGCUGUUUCCUGAAGUCCACAAUCAUCUCCUUCGUGUUGUUGACGUUGAGUGAGAGGUUAUUUUCCUGGCACCACACUCCCAGAGCCCUCACCUCCUCCCUGUAGGCUGUCUCGUCAUUGUUGGUAAUCAAGCCUACUACUGUUGUGUCGUCUGCAAACUUGAUGAUUGAGUUGGAGGGCGUGCUUGGCCACGCAGUCAUGGGUGAACAGGGAAUACAGGGGGGGGCUGAGCACACAUGCUUGUGGGGCCCCAGUGUUGAGAAUCAGCGAAGUGGAGAUGUUGUUUCCUACCUUCACCACCUGGGGGCGGCCCGUCAGGAAGUCCAGGAUCCAGUUGCACAGGGCGGGGUUCAGACCCAGGGCCUCAAGCUUAAUGAUGAGCUUGGAGGGUACUAUGGUGUUGAAUGCUGAGCUAUAGUCAAUGAACAGCAUUCUUACAUAGGUAUUCCUCUUGUCCAGAUGGGAUAGGGCAGUAUGCAGUGUGAUGGCUAUUGCAUCGUCUGUGGAUCUAUUGAGGCGGUAAGCAAAUUGAAGUGGGUCUAGGAUGACAGGUAAGGUGGAGGUGAUAUGAUCCUUAACUAGCCUCUCAAAGCACUUCAUGAUGACAGAGGUGAGUGCUACGGGGCGAUAGUAAUUUAGUUCAGUUACUUUUGCUUUCUUGGGUACAGGAACAAUGGUGGCCAUCUUGAAGCAUGUGGGGACAGCAGACUGGAUAGGGAGAGAUUGAAUAUGUCCGUAAACACACCAGCCAGCUGGUCUGCGCAUGCUCUGAGGAUGCGGCAAGGGAUACCGUCUGGGCCGGCAGCCUUGCGGGUUUUAACAUGCAGUGACCGUACAUACAUACCCCAACCAGAAGCCAUGGAUUACAGGCAACAUCCGCACUGAGCUAAAGGGUAGAGCUGCCGCUUUCAAGGAGCGGGACUCUAACCCGGACGCUUAUAAGAAAUCCCGCUAUGCCCUCCGACGAACCAUCAAACAGGCAAAGAGUCAAUACAGGACUAAGAUUGAAUCGUACUACACCGGCUCUGACGCUCGUCGGAUGUGGCAGGGCUUGAAAACUAUUACAGACUACAAAGGGAAGCACAGACGCGAGCUGCCCAGUGACACAAGCCUACCAGACGAGCUAAACCACUUCUAUGCUCGCUUCGAGGCAAGCAACACUGAAGCAUGCAUGAGAGCACCAGCUGUUCCGGAUGACUAUGUGAUCACGCUCUCCGUAGCCGAUGUGAGUAAGACUUUUAAGCAGGUCAACAUUCACAAGGCCGCAGGGCCAGACGGAUUACCAGGAUGUGUACUCCGAGCAUGUGCUGACCAACUGGCAAGUGUCUUCACCGACAUUUUCAACAUGUCCCUGACUGAGUCUGUAAUACCAACAUGUUUCAAGCAGACCACCAUAGUCCCCGUGCCCAAGGACAAUAAGAUAACCUGCCUAAAUGUCUACCGACCCGUAGCACUGACGUCUGUAGCCAUGAAGUGCUUUGAAAGGCUGGUCAUCAACACCAUUAUCCCAGAUUCCCUAGACCCACUCCAAUUUGCAUACCGCCCCAACAGAUCCACAGAUGAUGCAAUCUCUAUUGCACUCCACACUUCCCUUUCCCACAUGGACAAGAGGAACACCUACGUGAGAAUGCUAUUCAUUGACUACAGCUCAGCGUUCAACACCAUAGUGCCCUCAAAGCUCAUCACUAAGCUAAGGAUCCUGGGACUAAACACCUCCCUCUGCAACUGGAUCCUGGACUUCCUGACGGGCCGCCCUCAGGUGGUAAGGGUAGGUAACAACACAUCUGCCACGCUGAUCCUCAACACAGGGGCCCCUCAGGGGUGCGUGCUCAGUCCCCUCCUGUACUCCCUGUUCACCCAUGACUGCAUGGCUAGGCACGACUCCAACACCAUCAUUAAGUUUGCUGACGACACAACAGUGGUAGGCCUGAUCACCAACAACGAUGAGACAGCCUAUAGGGAGGAGGUCAGAGACCUGGCCGUGUGGUGCCAGGAUAACAACCUCUCCCUCAAUGUGACCAAGACAAAGGAGAUGAUUGUGGACUACAGGGAAAAAAAAGAGGACUGAGCACGCCCCCAUUCUCAUCGACGGGGCUGUAGUGGAACAGGUUGAGAGCUUCAAGUUCCUUGGUGUCCACAUCACCAACGAACUAUCAUGGUCCAAACACACCAAGACAGUCGUGAAGAGGGCACAACAAAGCCUAUUCCCCCUCAGGAGACUGAAAAGAUUUGGCAUGGGUCUCAGAUCCUCAAAAAGUUCUACAGCUGAACCAUCGAGAGCAUCCUGACUGGUUGCAUCACCGCCUGGUAUGGCAACUGCUUGGCCUCCGACCGCAAGGCACUACAGAGGGUAGUGCGUAUGGCCCAGUACAUCACUGGGGCCAAGCUUCCUGCCAUCCAGGACCUCUAUACCAGGCGGUGUCAGAGGAAGGCCCUCAAAAUUGUCAAAGACUCCAGCCACCCUAGUCAUAGACUGUUCUCUCUGCUACCGCACGGCAAGCGGUACCGGAGCGCCAAGUCUAGGUCCAAAAGGCUUCUCAACAGCUUCUACCCCCAAGCCAUAAGACUCCUGAACAACUAAUCAUGGCUACCCGGACUAUUUGCACCCCCACCCCAUCUUUUUAUGCUGCUGCUACUCUGUUAAUUAUUUAUGCAUAGUCACUUUAACUCUACCCACAUGUACAUAUUACCUCAACUACCUCAACUAGCUGGUGCCCCCGCACAUUGACUCUGCACCGGUACCCCCCUGUAUAUAGCCUCCCUACUGUCAUUUUAUUUUACUUCUGCUCUUUUUUUCUCAACACUUUUUUGUUGUUGUUGUUUUAUUUUACUUUUUUAGUAAGAAAAAAAUGCAUUGUUGGUUAAGGGCUGUAAGUAAGCAUUUCACGGUAAUGUUGUAUUCAGUGCAUGUGGCAAAUAAAUUUGAUUUUAUUUGAAAUGUCUUACUCAUGUCGACCACGGAGAAGGAGAGCCCACAGUCCUUGGUAGUGGGCCGCAUCGGUGGCACUGUGUUAUCCUCAAAGCGGGCGAAGAAGGUGUUUAGCUUGUCUGGAAGCGAGACGUCGGUGUCGGCGACGUGGCUGAUUUUCCUUUUGUAGUCCGUGAUUGUCUGUAGACCCUGCCACAUAUGUCUCGUGUCUGAGCUGUUGAAUUGUGACUCGGAGUGAGUAGCUACACUGUUUGUAUUCUGCCAUAUUCCCAGUCACCUUGCCAUGGUUAAAUGCGGUGGUUCGCGCUUUCAGUUGGAGGCGCGCUUGGCCACGUUGCGUCGUGCCUAUGAACAGCCCUUAGCCGUGGUAUAUUGGCCAUAUACCACAUACCACACCCCCUCGGGCCUUAUUGCUGGUAUACAACAUGAAGAUGUGUGUGGGGUGGCACCACUACUGUAACAAUGGAGGAAGAGCCCUAUCCUAUCGGUUUUGACCAUCAGUGUGACCUCUCAUUAUAAAAAAGCUCUUUCUGCUCUCUUUCUUUCAAAUGGCCUGAUAUUUAUUGACAAAAUGUCAUAGAGCAAUUGAUGAAAGUCUUGUCCUGUUACCAGUAGAAAAUAUAUAUAUCAGAAAAAGAAAACAAUUGAUCAGACUCAUAAGAAGCCUGUUUCUAUAAAUUUCCUCAAUAGUAUAUUUUGCACAGAAACACAGCAUUUAAAUGCUGUAUUGCAGUGUGACUAAAAGGCGUAGUCCCUCACUAGAAAUUCUAGGGACUAAGGCGUUAGUGUAGGCAAUAAGAGUAGUCAGUACUGAUGGUUCUGGGCGUUUGUCACAUCACGUGUAAGCACAGUAGUAGCAUCUGCAGCCUGGUAACAGCCAAGGCCAGUGUAUUCUCUGUGCCUGAGAUUGGGUAAUUCUUCAGUAACCCAAGCUGGGUUUCUGGUUUAACUGGGCAGGUUCUCCCUUAGAGUUGUAUACUGUAGCUAAUGACAAUACUCACGCCCUUGCACAGUUUAAAAGCACUCAUGCCUGUGUGCCUUCUACUGAAUUAUUUAUCCUAUUUUAUCUUGCAGUGGAAAGAACAAUGCGAUGUUCAGACUUUUUUGAAUGCAUUGAUUUUCAUUGGAAAUAUGAUGACAUUAUGUUGUGAAAUCAAUGGAUGUGGCAUAUUGAUUGAACCACAUGUUCUGCUCAUUCACCUGAUGAUGAUGGCUUUAUUGACUCAGUUUAUUGACUCUAUGGCAGACAGACAGACAGUCUACAGUUGUAAUGAAUGCUCUACCACUUUGUCAUAUUUGUCCAUUUGUACGUUCUCAGGAUGGCUGAAGACGUUUGACGACUACUACCGAGACCAGACCCAGCACAUCCUGAACAACAUGGUGGUGAAACUCCACGAGGACAGCCGCAGGAAAAUGAUCUGGUCCGAGAUCUCCUACUUCUCCAAGUGGUGGGACAACAUCGACGACCAGAAGAGAGAUGCUGUCAAGAGGUAGUCUGUCUGUCUGUCUCUGUCAUUCUAGCUUCAAGGUGAUACUGAAAUGAAUAUGAGCAGCAAAUCACUUAUGGAUUAUGUUAUUGUAUUGUUGAUAUAGUUUGGCUGCUGUAACGUGGAAUCUAAUUCCUCAGUGGAUUUGCAAUAAGAUUCCGAAGCUCCUUUGUUAUUCCCAUUUGAAUUAAAACAAGGUCAUAACCUUGCUUAGGGCUAGCGGUUUUAUAGGGUUUAUAAACAAUGUAAUUAAAUUAGAAGUGACCCACUUUGCAAAAACUGGUCGAAUCAACGUUGUUUCCACGUCAUUUCAACCCCAAAAUUCUAUGUGAUAACUAGGGUUGGGUGGUAUCCAGAUUUUCAUACCGUCAUACCGUUUCUGUACCAUACCGGGGUAUACGGUAUUACUGGAAGUGCACACAAGAUUUUUUGAUGCACAAAACAAUUUAGGCAACAGGGAUCUUGAUCCAGGAGGGGAUUGAAUGUCUCUGCUGUAACCAAGAAGCUUGAUCUUGACAUCUAGACACUUAGCUAGCAAGUUAGCAAACCAAAUGCAUAGCUGGAGCCCUGAGCCGGAUAUUAUUUAUUUGACACAUCUUAGAUUUCUUACAGUUAUACUUAACUUACACUGAGUGUACAAAACAUUAGGAACACCUUCCUAAUAUUGAGUUGCUCCCUUUUUGCCCUCAGAACAGCCUCAAUUCAUCAGGGCAUGGACUACAAGGUGUCAAAAGCAUUCCACAGGGAUGCUGGCUCCUGUUGACCCCAAUGCUUCCCACAGUUUUGUCAAGUUAGAUGGUUGUCAUUUGGGUAGUGGACCAUUAUUGAUACAUAGGAAACUUGAGCGUGAAAAACCCAGCAGCGUUGCAGUUCUUGACACACUCAAACUGUUCAAAGGCACUUAAAUCUUCUAAAUGGCACACAUACACAAUCCAGGUCUCAAUUGUCUCAAAGCUUUAAAAUCCUUAUUUAACCUGUCCCCUCCCCUUCAUCUACACUGAUUUAAGUGGAUUUAACAGGUGACAUCAAUAAGGGAUCAUAGCUUUCACCUGGAUUCACCUGGUCAGUCUAUGUCAUGGAAAGAGCAGGUGUUCCUAAUAUUUUGUACACUCCGUGUAUAGUUAUAAGAAGUGGCAUAGCAUGCAGCCCUGCAGCCGCGGCGAGGCAAAAUACCCCGGUAUACGGUAUAAACGGUAUAUCGCCCAAGUCUAGUGAUGGCGUUGAAUGAACGUGGAAAACUGAUUGGAUUUGAAAAAAGUAAUCAACGUCAGGGCAUUUCCAAUUUUUUUCACCCACCUUUUAACCUAAAUCCAAUGACAUGGUUAUAUUUUUUGUUGAUUUCACGUUAGUUGACAACUCAACCAAAUCUAAAUCAAAACUAGAUGUUGAACUGACAUCUGUGCCAAGUGGGGAAGAUGUAGAUAAAUUAAAUCAACAACACCACAACGUAAAACGGUUGUUAUAUGUCCAGGUAAAUCAAUGGGCGCAUCCCAGUUUACAGUACAACGAUUCUUUACUCUGCCUGGUAACAGGAGUAAAUUGGUUUAAAUUGCCUUAACCAGCCAAACUGACUCCAAAUGGUCUUGAGGUCAUCAAAUAAAUGUUGUUUGUGAGAGGCACAUAGGUUAACACAUGUUCUCUCUCACUCUGCCUCACUCUUUGUCCCCUUGGGGAUGUAAUGGUUGUCAGUCAGGGGUUUCUCUGGAAGUGACAUGGAGGGGGAUUCAGAGGGUUCUCCACUUACAUUUACAUUUACGUCAUUUAGCAGACGCUCUUAUCCAGAGCGACUUACAAAUUGGUGCAUUCACCUUAUAGCCAGUGGUCCUCUGUAGCUCAGCUGGUAGAGCACGGCGCUUGUAACGCCAAGGUAGUGGGUUCGAUCCCCGGGACCACCCAUACACAAAAAUGUAUGCACGCAUGACUGUAAGUCGCUUUGGAUAAAAGCGUCUGCUAAAUGGCAUAUUAUUUAUUAUUAUUAUUAUUAUAACCACUUUUUUUGGGGGGGGUAGAAGGAUUACUUUAUACUAUCCCAGGUAUUCCUUAAAGAGGUGGGGUUUCAAGUGUCUCCGGAAGGUGGUGAGUGACUCCGCUGUCCUGGCGUCGUGAGGGAGCUUGUUCCACCACUUCAGAAAACUGCCCCAAAAGCAAGAAGCAGGGUGUCACAAAUGCUGUGUGCAAAUGCUGUGUGCAUUGGCCAUGCUCACGACGAGCUACUGACGGGUAGGGUUCAGCAGCUAGCCUUGGGGGAUACACAAACUGUGUAUGAAAUGCAAUAAACAUUUCAGCUGCAGGUUAGAAUUCUAAUUAGGAGCACAAGCAAACAGCCUUAAGGUGAAGGAUGGAGGGAGAUCUAACACUAAUAUUUAUUCACUAUUGAUUUGAUGCGCAGGGAGUUCAAAGCAAACCAGAUCCAUUCCUUCUUUUGGAGAAUAUUCAGUGUUUACUCUUUUUUGAAGAGUGUCGUUGCUUAUGUAAUAACUUAUUUUCUUUGCAGGUUUUAAUUUUAUGUCAGCAAAUUGAAGGUCUGGCGCUUAAUGAUAAAAUGUUCCCUGUUACAGUACACGGAGAAGCAUCGCUCGAGAAAUUCAAACAAACGACCUCAUUAAUUCUUUAGAACACACUUUUAGAAUUGGAAAGGAACAUGUUUUUGAGCGGCGUGUUUUGGUUUGUAGAAGGGACGCGUCCAUCCAUCCUCGUUAGGAUGCAGUGUUGAUAUCUGCUCAGUGAAGAUGGCACCUGCUUUCACCACUCCAACUCUUCAACACCAGGACAGACCUACACUACACACCACUUCCACCUGUCCAAUCAUAGAACAAUGAAAGAAACCUUCUGGUGAUUGAAUGAUGCCAGAGAAAUAUCACAUUUCCAAGGAGAGAAGAUAAAGAGCAAUUUCAACUUGAUGUUACGAAAAUUGCUGAGUCGUUUUACUUUGUUUUGAUGCUCCAUACUCUUAUUAUAGGGGCUCGCCAGGGAUACGUUAGGGAAGUCUGCAAUUGAAAUAUGCUCGGCAAACAGAGAAAAGAUGCUGAAUCACAAUCAUGGCAAGAGGUUUCCUGUCCUAACAAGAGAUGGGAGUAACUCCUGAGGUGGUUGAUUUUACUCUUUGGACUUGGGAGUAAGAUAAUUCAACCGCUACAGAGGAGAAGAUGGUUCUUAUUGUCGCAAUAAGUAGGGCCCUGAUUUCUUUCUCAGCCACACAUGAGUUGAUGUCUCGUACAGCUAAGGGUGCGUUCGUAAAUUCACUCUGGCUAUCUACACCGAUUUCAAAGCACUCUCGCCUGAGUGUGCCAGAGCGCAGAAUAACUGAUGAAUUUACGAACGCUCAACACCCGCUGAACAUGACCGGUGUCAGUAAACGUCUGCAAAAAAACGUAAUUAAAUUGUUGCCAGCCGCACAUUUACAGUCACUCUAGAUAACAUGAAAACAGCCUAACCAGCUCUGCUAGGGUGAGUAAAAUGGUCAGAGUGAGGUGUCCUCUCAUUUGUGUCUGGAAGGAGCUAGCAAGCUAGCCAACUUUAGCCAGUUAGCUUGGGUGCUUGACUGCCGUUGUGAGGUCAGAACGCUCGGAUCAACCGUACUCCGCGACCAGAGCGUCCAGUGUGUGCUCUGAACGCUCCGAGAGCGAAACGCUCAGAAUUUACAAACGUACAAUCUGAUAACGCUCUGAAUUUAUGAACGCCCAGAGCGCACUCUGGCACUCCAGAGUGAAUUUACAAACACACCCUAAGAUGUAUGACACCUUUAGAAUGUCUUAUUAUUAGGGUGGCAAAAUUCCGGUAACUCUCCCAAAAUUCCCCUGUUUUCCAGAAAUCCUGGUUUGAGGAUUCUCUGUAUUCCUGCUGAUUCCCUUUUAAUUCCAGGAAUCUUCCAACCAGUAUUUCUGGAAAACCGGGGAAUUUGGACAAGUUACUAGAAUUUUGCAAUCCUACUUAUUAUCAUGUCAUAAGGUUCUUGACCAUAUAACAUCCAUGAAUCUGGUAUUUUUUAAAACAAUUAAUAUGCAUUAUACCUGUCGGUAAAGUGUUACCUACAAUUCUGUAUGGAAAAAUAAGCUCAUAAAUUCAUAAAGCUGCAGGGUUUUUGUAUAGCUUUUUUUUCUUUCAUUUUGGCUUUGAGCUAUGAAACGGUAAUUGACUGAGCUGACUGUCUGAGAGCCUGAUUGAUAAUUUUCCUCUAUGUUGUUUAGUCUGAUUGAGCAAGGCCAGUUGGAGAUAACAACGGGAGGCUGGGUGAUGCCUGAUGAAGCCAACUCGCAUUACUUUGCAUUAAUUGACCAGCUAUUGGAGGGACACCAAUGGUUGGAGAGAAAUGUGGGUGAGUGCAUAAUAUAUCAGGAGUUUGUUAUCUGGAAGGAGAUCAUAAAAAUGACAUUUGUUGGCAAGCACAACAUAUUGGUUAUUUUUGCAUGAUUCAAAAUGAUUGGCACACUUUAACCAUCAGAGAUUUUAACUGUGAUUUAUAUAUAAAUUCAAAUCAAAUUUAUUUAUAAAGCCCUUUUUACAUCAGCAGAUGUCACAAAAUGCUUAUACAGAAACCCAGCCUAAAUUCUAAACAGCAAGCAAUGCAGAAAACUCCCUAGAAAGGCAGGACCCUAGGAGGAAACCAAGAAAGAAAGCAGGCUCAGAGGGGUGGCCAGUCCUCUUCUGGCUGUGCUGGGUGGAGAUUAUAAGAGUACAUGGCCAUUAAGGCCUGAUCGUUGUUGAAGACGUUGAAAUGUUCAUAGAUGACCAGCAAGGUCAAAUAAUAAUCACAGUGGUUGUAGAUUGUGCAACAGGUCAGCACCUCAGGAGUAAAUGUCAGUUGGCUUUUCAUAGCCCAGCAUUCAGAGAGAGAGAGAGAGAGAGAGAGAGAGAGAGAGAGAGAGAGAGAGAGAGAGAGAGAGAGAGAGAGAGAGAGAGAGAGAGAGAGAGAGAGAGAGAGAGAGAGAGAGAGAGAGAGAGAGAAGAGAGAGAGAGAGAGAGAGAGAGAGAGAAGAGAGAGAGAGAGAGAGAGAGAGAGAACUUUUUAAUUAAGCCAAUGGGAUGACCUGUGUAACAGAUGUUUAUUUCAAGGAUAUUUUUACAUCAUGUUUCAUUGUUUUUUAAUGUUUAUAAUUUUUCCUCAAAAAAAGGAGGACUGUUGUCAACCUCCUCUGCAUGAACCUGACUUCUCCCUCUAAUCUCCCCUGCUAGGAGUGAAACCCCAGACGGGCUGGGCUGUGGAUCCAUUUGGCCACUCCCCUACCCAGGCGUACCUGUUGAAACAAGCUGGCCUGGACAACAUGCUCAUCCAGAGGGUGCACUACUCAGUCAAGAAACACUUUGCCAGUCAGAAGACCCUGGAGUUCUUUUGGAGACAGAACUGGGGCAAGUACCCAGACUUAUGUAGCCCUGUGGCUCUCCAAGAGUCAGUGUUUCCCCUAGCUAGAUUGUUUUGUAGGCGGGGUGAAAAGGCCCAAAUAAACAUCCAUUGCCUCUUUAGUAGUAUCACUUGAAGCCUAUUCUUUUCAAUGAGAGGGAAAGAGCAAGGUAAAGGGGGCCCACCUCACUUAUACAAUUGUAGGGAAAACACUGCUCAGUGUUUACACUACUGUAGCAUUCAACAUGCCAGAGAUCCAGUCCUCACGCUUCUGUUCUCAGUGGUUCAGGUACUAUCUUACCCAUUAAAUUAAGCAUUUAGCAUAUUCAAAGUCCUAGUUCUACUGUAAGUCGAUGGACAGAAACAAAAGAACAUGACCUCAGAGUGACUAGUACAUACUCAUGUAGUCAGUAGAAAAUAAAUCCUUCCAGCUACUUCCAAUUCCUGUACAUAUUUGGUGUGACAGAUGAUGUGGAUGGUUUGAUGCCCUGUGUUGAACUCUGGGCAGUCAGCUUGUGUAACUAACAGCGCUAGGAUAAGCGACAGCCUUCAGUAUUGAGCCGCUCAGACUAUCAGCAGAGGGAUUUCUCAUGUCCAUAGAUAAUUAUAAUAGUUUGAGUGCUUUUAUUAGUCCUAUUUAACACAUGUGCAAGUGUAUAUUGGAUAAUUUUUGCAUAUCCCAACUCCCCCUGAGAAACGCUCGGAGAGUGGGGUCACAGGUUUAGCCAUUAUUAACGGCGACCCUGGAGCAAUUAGGGUUAAGUGCCUUGCACAAGGGCAUGUCAACAGAUAUUUCACCUUGUUGGCUCUGGGAUUAGAACUAGCGACUUUUUGGUUACUGGCCCAACGCUCUAACCGCUAGGCUACCUGCCUUACACGAGAAGCAUAUAGAAAGGCAUGCUCCUCUCUCAAGGCUCUGAUUGUGCUUGGUCUCAUCUUAUAGCGUCUGUGGUAUAAGGGAUUCUCCUUGUAUGGACUGAGGCCUGCAUGGCUUAAACAUGUCUGGCUGGUAGUUCAUGUAAUGAACAGACCUGGGUUCAAAUAGGGUUUGAUUCCUUUCUAUUUGCAUUUGAUUGAGCCUGAUCGGAGUGCCAGAUGGGCAGGUUUGCACUUUUGCAACAAUUCCGUUGGUUCCAUUGCACCAGGCCAGUAGGAAAGAAAAACAUUUUGAACCUUGGUUUGGUGAUGAGCAUGCUGAUUGAUAAGAAGAAUGUAGACCACAGCCUCAUGACUAGAGGGUGUGUGUAUGUGUGUGUGUGUGACAGGGAGCAAUUGGUAACAGAACAGGCAUUGUUAGUUAGUGGUUCCAUGCAGCCAUGAUGGAGCCAACCAUCCCCCAGAUGUUUUGUCCAAAAACGUGUGACUACUCGAACUCCUAAGCCAAAUUAUAAAGUACUCAUUAAUGCUUUUCACUGGGUAGACAGACGCCGAAAUCGUCUGCAAUGCCAAAGAGAGCAUCUGUCUGUACAAGUUGUUAUUUACGUCAGGAUAAUUAUCAAAUACUGUUAUGAUUAUUUAAUAGCAGACUGAUGAAAGAUCAGAUCCGUUUGUGCUCUGUUCUUAUGGUGUUUUAUGUUAUUCUCAGUGUUAUAGAGUUGAGUUGAGUACUUCUUGAUGCCAAAGUAGAGUACAGUUUGUUGGCCAUACUGGUAGAAUGGCACCACAUGGCCAAAAGGGGAUACACACCCUAAUGAUAUAGCUUAGUCUCUGGACAAUGUUUUGAAAUAUACAAAUAUAUUAUCUACAUGAGUAAAGGUCUUGUGGUUUUUAAGUUGGAAGACUUAAAUGAAAUGAAAGUUGAAGGAAUAGUCGAAUAACAGUCAGUUGGUCUCAGAAUGUUAUUUUACCUAACGUACUCACUAUACUGGUCAAAUAACAUUAAAAUACAGUAUAUUACAUAAGAUUUCUAAACACUAUCGUCUGUAUGCUCCUCACCCUCUAUAUUCUCUUCAGGGUUGGGGUUAAUUCCAUUUCAAUUCCAGUCAAUUCAGGAAGUACAAUAAAGUUCCAACUCCAAUUCCACUUCUCUUCCAAUACUUUUCAAUGAGGAACAUUUGGAAUUGGAAUUUGGUUUACUUUCUGAAUUGACUAGAAUUUAAAUGGAAUUGACCAAAUGCGGGGUCAAAUACAUGUCAUGGAAAACCCACAUUGAUGUAGUGGUUGGAAACGCCUCUCUGUGCUGUUGUUUUGAGAGGCAGACAUCCUGUGGCAUAGUAGAGAGCAUGGCUAGAAACGUGCAAUGUGGGAGAUGACAGGGUGCUCUAGCUCAGGAAGUGGACCCCUUCCACUGCUGGACAAAUAGGAUUUCUCUCUUGGCCAUAGCCAAUUAGUCAUCGGUUCAAUGCCAGAUCAGAUUAUAUCCACCAAAGUUAUUUUAUGUAAUUAUCAUCGACCAGGCAUGAGUUGUUAUUUCUAAUAAGGUAUAAAUGUUAGUACUUUUGAAUACUGCAUGCAUGCCAUGGCCAGUCUCUUUGAGAUAGAAAUGUAAUCACAUGCUAGCUAUAUGUUUACAGUCCACGUUCUGAAAUGUUGUCUUUGUAUUGUCAAAUGCAACUACCACACAUUAAUUACCCGUAAGAAAAUAUACAUCUAUUCUAUAUUCUAUUUUAAUAUUCUAUUUUAUUCUAUUUUAAAUGAAAUUUUAUUGUUCGCAUACACAUAUCUUUAUCGCAGGUGCAGCGAAAUGCUUAUGUUUCUAGCUCCAACAGUGCAGUAAUACCUAACAAUACAAAACAAUACACACAUCCAAAAAAGAAAAUUUGAGGAAAUGAAGAAAUAUCAGAAUGCUCUAUUUCAUGUUCUAUCUGUCUGCAGACCCAGCCUCCAGCACAGACAUUCUAUGCCACAUGAUGCCCUUUUACAGUUACGAUGUUCCCCACACGUGUGGUCCCGACCCCAAGAUCUGCUGCCAGUUUGACUUCAAAAGACUUCCUGGUGGGCGGGUCAGCUGUCCCUGGAGGGUCCCCCCUCAGCCAAUCACGGAUGGGAACGUACAACAGAGGUGACCAAUCAGAUAGAAAUGGAAUGAGAAUGAUAUAUACUGUAUUAUUAUUAUUAUUAUGCUAUAACCACUGGACUUGGCUGUGAAAUACAAAAUUCAAAUUCAAAAAUCUUUAUUGUCCCAUUGCAUUUACAUGAGGCAGGAAAUUGUCUUUGGCUUGAGGCUCACAGUAAAAACAAAAACUUGACUUUGAAACACGACAAAAGCAAAGCAGGUCACUAAGUCUUGCCUUUAAGGCUUGCCUCUCCCUAGUACAGAAAAGUUUUACAAACACUGGUUUAUGUGGUAAACAGACAGUCCACAUUCUCUCCAUGGUGAUGAUGUUAUGGUGUCUCCGUGUUAUGGUGUCCUCAGUGUGAUGGUGUUAUAGACAAGGAUGAAACAUGUUGUAUGAACAAGAUAAAACAUUGAUGCCACUGUAGGAUAAUCUGUUGUGGUAAUAGGAAUUUCAUAUGCCCUCUGUUUGCUAACAGAAGAUAGUUUAUUUUUCUAACAGAAGGCUGUGAUGAUAAGUGGACUUUCUGACACAGUACCAAAUCCAAGAGGAACUUGUUUGCACCCAGUGUUCCCUUGUUGUCUGAUUACACAACAUGGCCCUAACAGAUAGAGGCAGAUGGACAAGGGUUGGACUAGUGAAUUGGGAGGCAUUAAAAGUCUAAAAAGUAACAUAUGGAAAUACACAAGCAACCCCUCUCCACACAUGUGUGCACGCACGCAAUGCACGAACACACACACACACAUUUUUGUUGACAUUUACAGCUUAAUAUGUCAUGAGAAAUUGUGAAUCCGUUGUAGUAGUCAACUCUUUUUCCCAUGAUCCCUAGGGUUCAGAUACUGCUGGACCAGUACAGGAAGAAGUCUAAGCUGUUCCGAACCAAGGUUGUGAUGGUCCCCCUAGGGGACGACUUCCGCUACACAGAGGCCUUGGAGUGGGACCAGCAGUUCCAGAACUACCAGAAGCUCUUUGACUACAUGAACUCUCAUCUAGAACUACAUGUCAAGGUCUGACUUGUGACUUGUGACUUGGGCACUGGAAUGUUGCGUGAAUAUGCAGGAGUGGAGUUUUGUUUAGCCAUUUCCCUUUCCGGCUGCCAGCUUUAUUUCAGGUUUAUUGAGUUUGCAUUGGUGGAAGAUGGUGGGGUUUAAGGUUUUGAUGCAGCGCAUAAUUGGAAUGACUGAUGCCCGAUAGUGUAAUGGUGUGUUUUGUUGGCUCCCUAGUUCCUGCCCUUCUUGAAAUAUUUUUUUGUGUCCAGCUAUUGCAAUAGUACACUGCUCUCAAUAAAGCAGAAAAGUAAACUACCCUACAGCAUAAACUACCCUACAUUAUUGAUAGAUCUAUUUUAAGUUUGUCUCUCAGGUACUCUACCAUAUAUUUGCUUUAUAUUCCAACUGACGUAUUCUGUUCUAGGCUCAGUUCGGCACCAUCUCUGAUUACUUCAAUGCUCUUCGUAAGUCGGCCAUACACCCCGGUCACGAUAGUCCCUCUUUACCGGUGGUCAGCGGAGACUUCUUCACAUACGCAGACCGAGAUGACCACUACUGGAGCGGCUACUUCACCUCCCGACCCUUCUACAAACGCCUGGACCGCUUGCUGGAGUCACACCUCAGGUAGGAGCACAUACAGUUUCUUUUCUGCAACUUAUUGGUCCUUCGUUAUUUCUUAUUUGCAACUUAUUGUUUCAUUUCAAUAAUCAUCCAACACAGAUUACAUUUAUUUUGUAAAAGGUGUACAGUUUCAACAUAGAAAGUGAAUCACCGUAAGCACUGGAUUGGAUGUCUGGUUAAGGUUGCAGUGUACACGAGGGAAUGCCAAUUUAGCUGUCAAUUGACCAAACAAUAGACCAAGCAACAUAGAUGAUUUAUUUAUCUAGACUAGAGUCGUUGCUGGGCACCCCAAACCAUCUCAAUUGGGUUGAGGUCGGGGGAUUGUGGAGGCCAGGUCAUCUGAUGCAGCACUCCAUCGCUCUCCUUCUUGGUAAAAUAGCCCUUACACAGCCUAGAGGUGUGUUGGGUCAUUGUCCUGUUGAAAAACAAAUGAUAGUCCCACUAAGCCCAAACCAGAUGGGAUGGCGUAUCGCUGCAGAAUGCUGUGGUAGCCAUGCUGGUUAAGUGUGCCUUGCAUUCUAAAUAAAUCACAGACAGUGUCACCAGCAAAGCACCAUAACACCUCCUCCUCCAUGCUUUACGGUGGGAACUACACAUGCGGAGAUCAUCCGUUCACCCACACCACGUCUCACAAAGACACGGCGGUUGGAACCAAAAAUCUCAAAUUUGGACUCCAGACCAAAGGACACAUUUCCACCGGUCUAAUGUCCAUUGCUCGUGUUUCUUGGCCCAAGCAGGUCUCUUCUUCUUAUUGGUGUCCUUUAGUAGUGGUUUCUUUGCAGCAAUUCGACCAUGAAGGCCUGAUACACACAGUCCCCUCUGAACAGUUGAUGUUGAGAUGUCUGUUACUUGAACUCUGUGAAGCAUUUUUUUGGGCUGCAAUUUCUGAGGCUGGUAACUCUAAUGAACUUAUCCUCUGCAGCAGAGGUAACUCUGGGUCUUCCAUUCCUGUGGCGGUCCUCAUGAGAGCCAGUUUCAUCAUAGCGCUUGAUGGUUUUUGCGAUUGCACUUGAAGAAACAUUUAAAGUUCUUGAAAUGUUCAGGAUUGACUGACCUUCAUGUCUUAAAGUAAUGAUGGACUGUCAUUUCUCUUUGCUUAUUUGAGCUGUUCUUGCCAUAAUAUGGACUUGGUCUUUUACCAAAUAGGGCUAUCUUUAAUCAGCUUUUGCUUCUGCUUCUUUAAUCAGCACAACAGUUUUCAGCUGUGCUAACAUAAUUGUAAAAGGGUUUUCUAAUGAUCAAUUAGCUUUUGAAAAUGAUAAACUUGGAUUAGCAAACACAACGUGCCAUUGGAACACAGGACUGAUGGUUGCUGAUAAUGGGCCUCUGUACGCCUAUGUAUGCCUAUUCCAUAAAUAAUCAGCCGUUUCCAACUACAAUAGCCAUUUUCAACAUUAACAAUGUUUACAGUGUAUUUCUGAUCAAUUUGAUGUUAUUUUAAUGGACAAAAAAUGUGCUUUUCUUUCGAAAACAAGGCAAUUUCUAAGUGACCCCAAACUUUUGAACGUGUGUGUGUGUGUGUGUGUGUGUGUGUGUAUAUAUAUAUAUAUAUAUAUAUAUAUAUAUAUAUAUAUAUAUAUAUAUAUAUAUAUACAUAUACAUAUACAUAUACAUAUACAUAUACAUAUACACAGUGGCGGCUCCUGAAAAAAUUCUCAGAGGGGGCAAUUUUUCUGAUGAUUUAGGUGACCUACACACAUUUUAAAAAAGAUAUGUCCAGCAACAACAUGAAGACAGGGGCAGCAUAUAAGUCAAUACUGAUAUACACAUUACUUGCUUCAAAAAGGCCUCAUGGUUGAAUUGGAAAUAUGUGCACCUGAGCAUAAUUCACAACAAGCAAGCAGGAGCUUUUGUUACGUAUGACGAAAGCGCGUAAGUGCAAGCCCUCCCGGAACCCAUAGAGAUUGUAUUGAAAGCUCUGAUAUUUGAAAAAAAAAAGAUUUUACAUGAGAGUCUAUGAGAGACUCCUGGGCGAUUUUCAACCUGACUGAAAUCACCCCAAAAGGGGCGGGGCCAUUUGAAGCACGACUUUAGCCUUAUUGGACAUUUAGUGGCAGAUCAGACGUCUAGAUUAGAACACUGAUAACUACUGUUGCCGUGAUAUAAUUGAUUAGAAAAAAAAUCCCUUCCUUUUCCCGUUUGGCAGUGCGUCGCCCAUAUCGCCCUAAUGAACACACCGCCCCUGCAUAUACAUAUACAUACAUACAUACAUACAUACAUACAUACAUACAUACAUACAUACAUACAUACAGUACCAGUCAAAAGUUUGGACACACCUACCCAUUUAUGUUUUACAUUGCAGAAUAAUAGUGAAGACAUCAUAACUAUGAAAUAACACAUAUGGAAUCAUGUAGUAACCAAAAAAGUGUUAAACAAAUCAAAAUAUAUUUGAGAUUUGAGAUUCUUCAAAUAGCCACGCUUUGCCUUGAUGACAGCUUUGCACACUCUUGGCAUUCUCUCAACCAGCUUCAUGAGGUAUUCACCUGGAAUGCAUUUCAAUUAACAGGUGUGCCUUCUUAAAAGUUAAUUUGUAGAAUUUAUUUCCUUAAUACGUUUGAGCCAAUCAGUUGUGUUGUGACAAGGUAGGGGGGAUAUACAGUUUCUUGGCAACUCAAUAUUAGGAAGGUGUUCCUAAUGUUUGGUAUACUCAGUGCCUUCAGAAAGUAUUCACACCCUUUAACCUUUUCCAUGUUUUGUUGUGUUAUAGCCUGAAUUUAAAAUUGAUUACAUUUAGAUGUUGUGUCACUGAUCUAGACAUAAUACCCCAUGAUGUCAAAGUGGAAUUAUGUUUAUUAUUUUUUACAAAUUAAUAACAAAUGAAAAGCUAAAAUGUCUCGAUUCAAUAAGUAUUCAAAUCCUUUGUUAUGGCAAGCCUAAAUAACUUCAGGAGUAAAGAUUUGCUUAACACGUCAGAUAAUAAGUUGAAUGCACUCACUCUGUGUGCAAUAAUGGUGUUUAACAUGAUUUUUGAAUGGCUACCCCAUCUCUGUACCCCACACAUACAAUUAUCUGUAAUGUCCCUCAGUCGAGCAGUGAAUUUCAGGCACAGAUUCAAUGACAAAGACCAGGGAGAUUUUCCAAUAUCUCACAAAGAAGGGCACCUAUUGGCUGAUGGGUAAAGGGAAAAAAAGGAAACCGGAUUUCACCAUGAGGCCAAUGGUGAUUUUAAACCAGUUACAGAGUUAAAUGUCUGUGAUAGGAAACAACUGAGGAUGGAUCAACAACAUUGUAGUUACUCCACAAUACUAACCUAAAUGACAGAGUGAACAGAAUAAUAAUAUUCCAAAAAUAUACUAAAGUAAUACUACAAAAAGAAGUGGGAAAGAAAUUAACUUGUCCUGAAUACAAAGCAUUAUGUUUGGGGCAAUUCCAACACAACACAUCACUGAGUACCACUCUUCAUAUUUUCAAGCAUGUUGGUGACUGCAUCAUGUUAUGAGUAUGCUUGUCAUCGACAAGGACUAGGGAGUUUUUUUGGAUAAAAAGUAAAGGAAUAGAGCUAAGCACAGGCAAAGACCUAGAGGAAAACCUAGUUCAGUCUGCUUUCCAACACACACUGGGAGACAAAUUCACCUUUAAGCAGGACAAUAACCUAAAACACAAGGCCAAAUAUACACUUCAGUUACUUACCAAGACCACAUUGAUUGUUCCUGAGUGGCCUAGUUACAGUUUUGACUUAAAUCGGCUUGAAAAUCUAUGCCAAGACUUGAAAAUGGCUGUCUAGCAAUGAUCAACAAACAACUUGACUGAGGUUGAAGAUUUUUUAAAAUAAUAAUGGGCAAAUAUUGUACAAUCCAGGUUUGCAAAACUCUUAGAGACUUACCCAGAAAGACUCAAAGCUGUAAUCGCUGUCAAAAGUGAUUCUAACAUGUAUUGACUCAAGGGGUUGAAUACUUAUCUAAUCAAAAUAUAUUUGUGUUUAUUUUCCAUAAAUGUUUUUAAAAGUUCACAUUUUUCUUCCAUUUUGACAUUACAGAGUAUUUUGUGUAGAUCGUUGAAUAAAAAAAAAACGUACAUUCAUUUUAAUCCCACUUUGUAACGCAACAAAAUGUGGAAAAAGUCAAGGGUUGUGAUUAAUUUUAAUGAAGGCACUGUAUAUACACUAAUGAGGGAAUGAAACGAAUGCAAACGUAAAAACAUAGUCCCCUGUAGCUCAGUUGGUAGAGCAUGGCACUUGCAAUGCCAGGGUUGUGGGUUCGUUUCCCACGGGGGCCAGUAUGAAAGAUGUGUGCACCCACUAACUGUAAGUCGCUCUGGAUAAGAGCGUCUGCUAAAAUCUAAAUUAACAGCAUUUCAGUAAAGUAAAUUAAAAUGAGCUACAUGGUACUACAUGCAAGUAAACCCAAAAUGAACUGUCAGUUUCCUGCAUGUCUUCUAACGCAAUGCCCUAGACCAGGGGUGUCAAACAUAUGGCCCGCGGGCAGGGUCCAAUUGUUGAAGGAUGAAUGCAGCCUCCGGGGCUAAAGCUGUUCGACACCCCUGUCCUAGACUGUAGAGUCAUGUCAUCUACGCCUAGAAGACGCAUGCAGGGAGAGAUCCCACUGGCGUUACAGACCCUGUUUAUCUAUGCAGAGAGAGAUCCCACUGGCGUUACAGACCCUGUUUAUCUAUGCAGAGAGAGAUCCCGCUGGCGUUACAGACCCUGUUUAUCUAUGCAGAGAGAGAUCCCACUGGCGUUACAGACCCUGUUUAUCUAUGCAGAGAGAGAUCCCACUGGCGUUACAGACCCUGUUUAUCUAUGCAGAGAGAGAUCCCGCUGGCGUUACAGACCCUGUCUAUGUAUGUGAAUAGCGGUCAACUCCCAUAACAGUCAUCAUCUAGGGCCCUGUGUUUUGCGCAAUCAUGUGUCAUGCCUGGAUUUCAUCUUUUAUUUAAAGCUUUUUCAUCCAACUGUCCCGUUUUCUUUUUAUUUCAAAUGGUCAAGCAUCAUCCUCAGACAAUUGCUUUAAUGUUUUGUGUAGAAGAACAAGCUAUAGGAUGAAAAUUACAGCCGACUAGCCCUAGUUAACGCUACCUAGCUAACGUUGCCUUACAAAUCAAUACUUGGAGUCAAAGUAUCGAUAAAAUAUUGUCCAAAAUAAUAUCGCGAUAUGUAACUAUUGAUUAAUAACUAUUGUUAACUAUUAACUAUUCUUAAACCCCCAGCCGGUGCAACCAAGCCAGACAGGUUGAAGGGUAGGAGGCAGACCAAGCAGUCUCUGGCCCUGCAGGUUGGGGGUUGUGCAUGGGGCUAACUCCCCCACCACAUAAACAAUAACUUGCUACAGAAACCUUGUCAAUUUCUAUCUCUAAUUCAACCUAAGCUUGAAUCAUUACCAGGGGUUGUAAGGCUAUGGUUUUAAUCAUAAAUGAUUCAAGGUCCACAACCAGCAAGAAUGAUCUGUAUUUUUAAUCAUGGAGAGCUCUGCCGCCAAAACCCAUACAUACAGCUUUAUACCCCUUGACACACAAAGGCACUUUGCUCCGCCCACCUUUAGGAGGCUUUUUUUUACCCGUUUUCUCAGUCCCCUUCACCCUGGAAUGUUUAGUCCCGCCCCCCUCUGUUAGUGGGUUGCCACUACAUUAUAACUCUUAACACCGUUCACACAUUUAUACUGUAUUUGGGGUGAAAUCCUUUAGUCAUUAUUCUUAAAAUACAAAUGAAUCUAACAAACCUUUACUAAAGAAAGAAACAGACUGGAUCAAAGGCAACGACCCCCCCCCCCCCCCCCCCCCCCCCCGUGACUGUGAAUGAAGGAUAAAGGCUAGUGCUAACUAAAAAGGUAUUCAAGUCAAGUCUGUCUGAUCAGUGUUUGAGGUUACUAGAUGGUGGACCAUUAGAUUGUCUUUCAUUUCUUUCUUCAUCAACUGUGGCAAACACUUUGCAGUGAGAAGACCUAACUUGACUAUUUUAUUGGAUUUAUAUUCAUCAAUAUGCAAGAGUAGUUGGUGAGAAACAUGUAAUUAAAAAUGCAAUUUUUUCUUUCAACAAUCAUAUUAUUUUAAUCAAGCCUUUAUAAUCAGGCCCAGUUGGAGAUGUGGUUUUUAUUCACGUUUUAUUUAUGGGCUAUCUCAGUCGCUUCAAAUGUAAAAAAAUAAAAAUUUCUCCAAUCAAUGAUCUGUUUAUAAUGCACAGUGGAUUAGUUUCACCAUGUCUUUGAUUGGGUUACAGUAUUCUUUAUUUGGUUCCCCAUGAACUGACGCCUUGGCAACCGCUAGUCUUCCUGGUAUCUUCUAGUCAAGUGUUUCUUCUACAACUAAAAUUACCAGGUACCCAAACUUCUGGCCAAAAGUUUCGCUACUUUCUACCGAUACGGGGUAAAGACCCUCAGUCACCGUGUUUAGAACUGUGUUCUCAGCAGGUAUCGAUUUCCUUUGUUUUGACUGUUGAGAUAAAGGCCUAAUCUAACAGGAUCCCUGGUGUGAGAGUGUCAAAGUGGUCAGUGCAGGAACUAAGCACACAGAGAUGACUGUGGAUGAGAGGUGUGUGUGUGUGUGUGCGUGCACCAUUGUUUUUGAUCAGACUCAGUAGUAGAGCAGUAGUGAGUGUCUCCUCCCCUGCCCCAGGCCCCAGUGUCUACAAAGCCUUUAACCAGCAGCACAGGUAGGGCCCUGGGGCCUCAACACUGGGGUCCCCCCCUCUCCACCACAGACUGUCUCACUGUGAGCCCCCACAGACACAGCCCUCAUUACAGACCAAACUCCAGAACCCCAAAUACACACAGCAUCUCACACACCAUUGCCCAGAGCAGAGAAAUACCACGUGAGAAAAGUUUCAGCAGAGAAAGACCACAUGAGAAAAGUUUCAGCAGAGAAAGUUUAAAUCCGUUUGAACUUUGAAUCUGUUCUGUCCUGCUGAGGUCCCAAUAUCUAUUGUUAUGCUUGAAUGGUUCAACUUCAUAACAGAAAUACGUUUUUGUUAGAUUCAGUACACCAACAGAUACUGUGUGGAUGGAUUCGUGGAUUUUCUUCAAACACAUGACCGUAUUUGCAUUUGAUGGUGUCUAAAUAUAGGAAGGGAGAUGGCUAAUCACAAAACAGUUGUUAAAUUAGUCUUGGCACUCAACCAGUGACUGCUUUCAAGCUGCAAACAGGACUGUGCACAGUAUGUGGUAUAGAUGUACGUCUGCCUGCUAUCCUCCUCAAUUCUCUGAAAGAGAUGUUCCCUUCAAGGUCAUUGUCUCGUUCUGUAAAUAUGUUUUUCUCUGUGAAAGGAGGCAGAACUAUUGGCUUUUUAUACGGUGCAUUUGGGUCAGUCGCCUCAGUGUAUUGUUUUAUGUGAGAAGCUCUCAAGAUGCAGUCAGUGCAUUGAAAUCCUAGGGCUCCCCAGUCCUGUUCUUGCUCAAAGACUUAGAGAUAGGUACAUGAUUGUCCUUAGAUUGAUCAAAUAUUUUGGUUUUUGUGUUAAAACAUGAUUUUCUUAGAGAUACUGCCACAAUCAAGAGGUGUUGCUCUGCUAUUGUCAAUCUAGAAGGACACAGUCAGACACAUAGGACAUAGUACGAUUAUCAAGAUGCGCAAUCAAAUAUCGAGAGAAAAAGCUGUAAACAAGAUACACAGUAGUAAAAAACUGUCCUAUGGCUUUAAGAGUGCUUACAUUGAUUCUUCCAGUUCCAUCCCUCAGCUCUAUACCAAAACAAGUGGCAGGGCUGUUAGAAAUUGUAACAGUGGUUGUCUCUGAUUCCCUGAUAGCAACUAACAGUUUGUUUCACAAGGCUGGAGUAGUUUAAGAAAAGCCUCAUCUGCCAGCUGUUUUCCUUGAUACUUUAGGGAUAAUGAGAAAAUCUCUUAUUUUGUGAGCCGAGCAGCUCAGUUUUCAUUGUUGUAGUUCGGGGUUAAAUGGGUUCAAUAACACAAGCUGAGACUCUGAUUGCAGUCAAAUACUGGAGAUGUCCAACUGUAGUCAAUUUGGAGUACUUUACUUAUCUCUUGGUCCAUGAUGAACCCAUAUAUCAACAACUAUUUCUCACUUCACUGAAUGCACUGAAAUGAGUGAACAUGGGUCGUGUUCAGGAGUGCACGAUGUAGCAAAAUGUUUUGCAACAGGGAAAAAAUGUGUUCUUAUUGGUCAAAUUCAGAUUCAGAUUCAAAUUACAUGCCACCUCCCCGUUUAAAUCAUUUCUACCUAAUGAACACGACCCAUGUCUAUCUUUGUCUUGGUGCCAUGGAAAGGCAAACUCAUGUGAAGAAAAUAACUAUUCCCUUUGUCUGUCCUUCAGGGCAGCUGAGAUCCUUUACUCCCUGACCCUGGCUAAUAUUCAGAGGUUUGGGAAGCUGAAUGAUUUCCCAGCUGUGGAGAACAACAGACUGCUCACUGAAGCCAGGAGGAACCUGGGCUUGUUCCAGCACCAUGACGCCAUCACAGGCACCGGCAAGGACUUGGUGGUGAUCGACUACGGUACCAGGUAUCACUCUGUUUUAUUACUUGUUUUAUUUGUUUUCAUCGUCUUAUUUGAUUGGGAGAGAUGCAGUGUAGACAUGGACACACUGAUUCAUCACGAGUUAAAUGGAUUGCACUGACAUGGUUUAGUGAUUAAAUCCAGUGUCGGGACGUAGACAUUGUUUGAAUGAAAGUGAAACACUAUUUGACUCAGAGCUUUGAGCCUCUGGGCAUUUACUAAGAACAAUUCUCUCUUCUCAGGUUGUUUCAUUCCAUUUUUAAUUUGAAACAAGUGAUUGUCAACUCCGCUCACUGGCUGGUGCUAAAGGACAAAAGUGCAUACAGUCAUAAUCCGUCAAAGGCCUUUCUUCAAAUGGUGAGUAAAAAUAGCUUUGGUGUUUUAAUUUCGGUGUUGAAACAAGGGUGUUGGUUGUGCAUAGCAACAUUUUCAGAUAGUAGAUUGAUUUUCAAAGGGUGACAGUUGAUGGUGGUGGUACAGUGAGUGAAGUGCAUGCAGUUAGCUACCUUUUGAAAUGUUUAUUUACCACACCCUACCUUCGACAAAAUCCCUCAAGGAAGCACAACAUCAGGAUUUUAAUAUGCAAAUUGCCCAGGCAGGAAGUCAACAUCAAUUUUCAGAGCAAUGUAACCUCUUCCACUUCCUCGUUUUGCUACAGCAGCUGAAAAGACGCUUGAUAUGAAUCUCACUCACCCAAACCUAAUGAAAUUUGUAUUAGGAAGUGAAUGAGCCUUAGACGCUUAAAUAGCGUCAUAUAUUCCCAAAAGCGGCAGCCAAUACCACAACAACAAAAUUAAAUACAUUUUUCAAAUGUGUCUCAAAUAAUUGUAGCUACACCAGAUUUGUGUUAUUUUGCAAAUCAACUCACUCUCAUGCAAAUGUCUCUCAGGAUGACAUCCAGCCUGCUCAAGAUGCCCUGCCUCAAAAAACCAUUCUGAAAAUCAGCUCACAGCCUAGGUAUGUCGCCGUCCUCCUUUUCCCUCACAACAUUCUGGCUGAUAUUAUGACCCCUUUCAUAUUCCAAAUAUGUUUUAGAAAAAGUACAGGAAGUUAUAGUCUGGUCAGGUUGAACAGUUUUGUUUGGAUAUGUGUCUGUACUUUCAGACUUAUCAGAUCAAAACAUUAGCAGCUUGUACCAACUGCUCUUUUUCCCUCAGGUCUGUGGUCGUCUACAACCCCACGGAGCAGGACCGCACGUCAGUGGUGACCGUGUAUGUGAACACGCCCCACCUGCGUGUGGUCACGGACCACGGUCACCCCGUCCCCGCUCAGGUUAGCGUGGUCUGGGACGACUCCACCACAGCAUCCACAGAGGCCUUCCAGGUAUGACUGUCUGUGAGAUUGUUUUGUUAUCAAUUAUUUUUAAUAUCCUUUAUUUAUCCAGGUUAAUCCCCUACAUCAAUAUAUUUUUUGCUUCAAAUUCAGAUACGUUCAUGAAUGAUAAUACGAGUAUCAAGCAGUAUCAGGCAGUAUCAAGUAGUAUCAAGUAGUAUCAAGCAGUAUCAAGCAGUAUCAGGUAGUAUCAAGCAGUAUCAGAUAGUAUCAAGCAGUAUCAGGUAGUAUCAGGCAGUAUCAGGUAGUAUCAAAUAGUAUCAAGCAGUAGCAGGCAGUAUCAGGCAGUAUCAGGUAGUAUCAAGCAGGCAGUAUCAGGUAGUAUCAAGCAGGCAGUAUCAGGUAGUAUCAAGCAGGCAGUAUCAGGUAUUAUCAGGCAGUAUCAGGUAUUAUCAGGCAGUAUCAGGUAAUAUCAAGCAGUAUCAGGUAGGCUUGUCACGAUACCAACAUUUUACAAACGAUACGAUACUGGGCCAAGUAUCACGAUACCGAGUAGUAUCAGGAUACCACGGUGGAAAGAAAUCCUUGACCUAGCAUCCUGUUCGCCCCAUCCCGGAUGCUUGUUCACGUUUUCUAAACGUUUUCCAAAAACCUGUCACUGAAAUUCACAACUUCUACUCAAUACAACACACUAAAUUUAACUUCACACUGUUCAGUGUAUAAUAGAAUACUGCAUAGAAUGGCUGAUUUGCUCAUAUUUGCAAAGGCCUACCUGUGAUUUGGGUGCAGGAAUGGAAGGAAGGAAUAUACAUGCAUAAUGAUCUGCAUGUCAUUGUGUCAGUAAGGGGAAAAGACUGCAUGAAACCUUCUUUACUCUUCAGUUAACACAGACACACACUCUCCCCCCCUUCCUCACACACACUGUCUCCCUCUCUCUCAUACACACACCACUCUCUCUCCCACAAACACACAUACACACACUGCUCCCAACUUUUAUAACAUUAGGCACCAAAAAAUAUUUAAGGAGCACCGGAAAGAAAUAGAUUGUUGAUAUAGUUUAGCCUUCCAUUAGGCCUAUAUGAAUCCUACCUUUGAAGCACAUCUCAUAAGCAGCAGAACCUUUUCCUUUCUACCUGGGCCAAUCAAAUGUGGCUAAACCUACUGUGAAGUUACUAGAUUGUUAGCUGAACAACGUUGUUUGUGAAAUUAUUUAAAAUGCGCGCAAAUCCCGAUAGAAAGAAAGAAGCAUCUCUGGUAAUAUGGGUGAUAUCAUAUGGGUGAUAUAAUAUGAGGUAAUAUAAUAUGGGUGAUACAGUGCCUUGCAAAAGUAUUCAUCCCUUUGGCGUUUUUCCUAUUUUGUUGCAUUACAACCUGUGAUUUAAAUUGAUUUUUAUUUGGAUUUCAUGUAAUGGACAUACACAAAAUAGUCCAAAUUGGUGAAGUGAAAUGAAAAAAAUUACUAGUUUCAAAAAAUUCUAAAAUAUAAAUAACUGAAAAGUGGUGUGUGCAUAUGCAGUCACCCCCUAUGCUAUGAAGCCCCUAAAUAAUAUCUGGUGCAACCAAUUAACUUCAGAAGUCACAUAAUUAGUUUAAAAAAGUCCACCUGUGUGCAAUCUAAGUGUCACAUGAUCUGUCACAUGAUCUCAGUAUAUAUACACCUGUUCUGAAAGGCCCCAGAGUCUGCAACACCACUAAGUAAGGGGCACCACCAAGCAAGCGGCACCAUGAAGACCAAGGAGCUCUCCAAACAGGUCAGGGACAAAGUUGUGGAGAAGUACAGUUCAGGGCUGGUCAGAAUUGAAGGAAUGAUGGAUGGCGCUAAAUACAGGGAAAUUCUUGAUGGAAACCUGUUUCAGUCUUCCAGAGAUUUGAGACUGGGACGGAGGUUCACCUUCCAGCAGGACAAGGACCCUAAGCAUACUGCUAAAGCAACACUUGAGUGGUUUAAGGGGAAACAUUUACAUGUCUUGGAAUGGCCUAGUCAAAGCCCAGACCUCAAUCCAAUUGAGAAUCUGUGGUAUGACUUAAAGAUUGCUGUACACCAGCGGAACCCAUCCAACUUGAAGGAGCUGGAGCAGUUUUGCCUUGAAGAAUGGGCAAAAAUCCACAGUGGCUAGAUGUGCCAAGCUUAUAGAGACAUACCCCAAGAGACUUAUUUCUUGUUUGUUUCACAAAAAAAAUUAUUUUGCAUCUUCAAAGUGGUAGGCAUGUUGUGUAAAUCAAAUGAUAUAAACCCCCCAAAAAUCCAUUUUAAUUCCAGGUUGUAAGGCAAUAAAAUAGGAAAAAUGCAAAGGGGGGUGAAUACUUUCGCAAGGCACUGUAUAAUAUGAGGUAAUAUAAUAUGGGUGAUAUAAUAUGAGGUAAAAUAAUAUGGAUGAUAUAAUAUGGGUGAUAUAACAUGGGUAAUAUAAUAUGAGGUAAUAUAAUAUGGGUGAUAUAAUAUGGGAGAUAUAAUAUGAGGUAAUAUAAUAUGAGGUGAUAUAAUAUGGGUCAUAUUCUUUGAACCUUUUAGGCUAGAGACAAGCUGCUUUCUUUGCUGUAAAGCUCAAUUUUCCCUCUCUGACACUCAGAGGCUGCAUGGCAGUGAACUUGCAAAGUCUACUCAGACUGGUCUGUGCUCUUGAUUAUAAUAGGCGAUUAAAUGAUACAAUGUAUCAACAACAUUGCUCACUUUGCACGCUGCUCCAAUGUAACAAAUGUACGAAUGUAAAAAGACUCAUCAGGGUCUGGGUCUUUAUCCCCGCUCGCCAUCACGGCUAAAUUAUAUAUUUUUUAAACUGACGGAGGAAUAGACACGCAUGAAGAGCGGACGGAGAGAAGCAGGUGAGUGGGGGCUGGUAGGGGAUGCGGCUGGCUAAUUAUAGCUGCCACAGGUGAUAUGCGCGUGAAAGUGAAGUGGGUAUUAUUGGACCUGCGGAUACAAGAGACUAGUGGCUGUUGCUUAAAUUCAACUGACUUUAUAAAUAAAACUGACUUUAUAAACAUUUUAUAACAGGCGCCAGCAAGUUCUUUAGAUUGGUAGGGCUGAAAAAGUCGGUAGUAUCAUAUGAAACGGUACUAUGGUAUUCUAAAAUGUUGGUGUCAUAAGUAUCAUGACGUUUUGGCACCGUGAUAUUACCGUGGUACUGGUAUACUGUGCAACACUAGUAUCAGGCAUGUAGUGUCAGGCAGUAUCAGGCAGGUAGUAUCGGGUAGUAUCAGGCAGUAUCAGGCAGGUAGUAUCAGACAGUAUCAGUCAGCUAGUAUCAGGCAGGUAGUAUCAGGUAGGUAGUAUCAGGUAGUAUCAGGCAGGUAGUGUCAGUUAGUAUCAGGUACUGUCAGGUAGUAUCAGGCAGGUAGUAUCAGGUAGUAUCAGGCAGGUGGUAUCAGGUAGUAUCAGGUAGUAUCAUGCAGGUAGUAUCAGCCAGGUAGUAUCAGGUAGUAUCAGCAGGUAGUGUCAGGCAGGUAGUAUCAGGCAGGUAGUAUCAGGUAGUGUCAGGCAGGUAGUAUCAAGUAGUAUCAGGCAGGUAGUAUCAGGUAGUGUCAGGCAGUAUCAGACAAGUCUGUGUAUGGAUGCAGAAACCCAAAGCUGUGGUCUUUUCAGUUUGGACUAGAGAUUGAUCACCAAUGUAUUACCAGUUCGUAGUGAAAACAACGUUUUCUGUUGUUUAUGUUCUCUUCUCACAUUAUCUCAUGUUAUGGUGUUUUCUCUCGGGGGCAGUUGUCCUUCGUAGCUCAGGUGCCAGCGCUGGGUCUUGGGCUGUACCAGUUGAGUACGGCUGCGAGCGGCGGGGCGGAGACGGCGGAGUAUGUCUUCCUCAGGCAAGGCGGCAAACUAUCCGUCAACAUGAAGCACUUUACCGUCAACAUCCCCCAGGACGCCACCACCCCCCUCACCAUCCACAACCCCCACCUCCAGGUCUGGAGCUCCCCCACCACCGGCCUGAUGGAGGUAAGCCAUGCACAGCACAGCAUAACAAAGCAUAGCAUAGUAUAGCACAGCAUACCAAAGCUUAGCAUAGCGUAGCACAGCAUAGCAAAGUUUAGCAAAGUUUAGCACAGCAAAGUUUAGCACGCAUAGCAAAGUUUAGCACAUGACAACAUAGCAAACAGGGCCUAAAAUUAACACACCGCCACCUGCCAAAUCCGGGUAGAUUUUGGCAUUGGCGUGUAAAAUGUCAAUUUCACCAGCCAUGUUGGCGGGUGGUCAGGGAACCACAGUGCGAGCAUUUCACUCACAUUUAUAGUAAAAUAAAUGCUGUAGUAGCUGUUUUCAAAGUAUUUCUGCCAUUUUGUUACAAAGCUGGUAAAUUAAUCGCACAAAGUCAAAGAUCUACAUAUCCUAUAUAACCUAUUCCACCUCGUGCUGCAACACUGCCUGGCUGGGUGCUGUGCGCACGUGAAGAGCUGAGUGAAAGAUUCAUUUUUAGUAGCGCUGCGCACAGGGAUACAAGUUGGUCUAAUUUACUUUAAACUAAAGUCUACUGAAGUGAGACUUUGUCCUUGUGUUUCUUGGCUAUUUACAUUGUUUUGUUCACAAGCUAGGUCGUUUUUCUAUGUUUGCGUUUCAACCGCUAGAGAAGAGAAGACAACGCUUCUACUAGUCAGACUCAAUGUCACAGGCACAAACAUGACUGGAUUCACGCUGCCACGGUAACCUCCCGCCCUUAAAGGGGCAGGUGAAACUUUUUGUCUCAUCUGGGAUAUUAUGGUUGAAAAAAUGAAAUGAAACAAUAUACACAUUACUUCUUACUAGUAAUACAUGUAUUGUUUUAGAAACAUUACAAAGCAUGCUCAUCAUUUUUUUGUGUUUUGUUGGUGUAAUGUUAGCGGUAAAAAAAUUAUUUUGGCUGGUAAAAAAUCUGAGUGGCUUGUAGAUUUUUUAAUCUACCUGCCACAGUGGCUGGUGGACCAAAAAGUAAAUGUUAUGCCCUGAUAGCAAAGCUUAGCACAGCAUAGAAAAGCAUAGUACAGAUCACAGACGUUUUAUUGUAAAGCAUAGCACUACAUAACACAGCAUAGCAUUGUAAAGCAUAGCACUACACAGCAGGGCAUUGAACCAGAAUCAUAAAGUGUAUAAUGACUGUGACCCAUAGGGCUUUGCACUGAAAGGUUGCAUGGAAUAUAUCACACUUCUAGACUGUCAAUGGGACUGACCGGGUAUCAAACCAGGGUUGUCUGUGUGACACAAGACUACCUUAUUCCUCUGAGCUAAAGCCUAGGCAUUAGUUCUGGGAGGUCAUACGAGCCUUCCAGUCUCAGGCAAGAUUACUCAUCACACAAGCUCAUCACAUUGUUCACUAAACCACCUCAGCUACAACAACACACGAUACAGUAGGUGUAUUAUUAUAAUAUCGGUAGCUCGGUUCGCUCUCAUCAUUGAUGCCAAACUGUCAGUGUAAUGGUGAUGAUGUAAGUCUUGAAUCCCGCUUUCUUCUGACUGACACCCUCAGAGAUUGAAGCUGAAAGAGGACGGCUCAGAACACCAGAUCAAGGUGGAGUUUGCGUGGUACGGCACAACCAGCAACCGAGAUAAAAGCGGAGCCUACUUGUUCCUGCCUGACGGGGAAGCCAAGGUAACCUGACAACUUUAUUCAACGUGAUUGAUGCUCCUUUGUCAACGUGUAUCAUUGCAGCUGUACUGAAACCCUGUGAAGAAGAAAGGCUUCAGCUCUUACAGUUGUUCUGCUCCCCCAGUUUCCCGCUCUCUCCUUCCUCUCUUAUUUGUGCUCCCUUACCAUCAUGCUCUCUGUAGGAGGUGUUAUUGGCAGAGGAUGGAUGGGAGAUGGUGUUAGGAGUGAUUUGAUUCCCAUUGAUUUUCUGUUCUCCUCCAGAUAUACACUCCCGCCCGGCCUCCAGUGAUACGGGUAACCAAAGGAUCUGUGUUCUCUGAGAUCACCACUAACUUCGAUCACGUGACGCACACUCUACGCCUGUAUAACGUUCAAGGUAAGGAUGGAAAUUGGGUGUGUGCCUGCGUGCAUCUACAAUUGUAAACAGUGGUGGAAAAAGUACCCAAUUGUCAUACUUGAGUAAAAGUAAAGAUACCUUAAUAGAAAAUGACUCAAGUAAAAGUGAAAGUCACCCAGUAAAAUACUACUUGAGUAAAAGUCUAAAAGUAUUUGUUUUUAAAUAUACUUAAGUAUCUAAAGUAAAAGUAUAAAUCAUUUCAAAUUACUUAUAUUAAGCAAACCAGACGGCACAAUUUUCUUGUUUUUAAAAUGUAUCAAUAGCCAGGGGCACACUCCAACACUCAUUUACAAACAAAGCAUUUGUGUUUAGUGAGUCUGCCAGAUCAGAGGCGGAAGGGAUGACCAGAGAUGUUCUCUUGAUUAGUGCGUGAAUGGACAAUUUUCUUGUCCUGCUAAGCGUUCAAAAUGUAACAAGUACUUUUGGGUGUCAGGGAAAAUGUAUGGAAUAAAAAGUACUUUCUUUUCUUUAGGAAUGUAGUGAAGUAAAAGUUGUCUAAAAUAUAAAUAGUAAAGUAUAGUACAGAUACCCCCCAAAAACGACUUAAGUAGUACUUUAAAGUAAUUUGGUCCUCUGUAGCUCAAUUGGCUUGUAACGCCAGGGUAGUGGGUACGAUCCCCGGGACCACCCAUAUGUAAAAAUGUAUGCACACAUGACUGUAAGUCACUUUGGAUAAAAGCGUCUGCUAAAUGGCAUAUUAUUAUUAUUAUUAUUAUUUUACUUACAGUUUUUCUCGAUUGUUAAGACACAUUUCUUGAAACCUUCACCCAUUUUCUCAAAACUUUAAACACAAAACCAAAUCUUCAAACUACAUUCACAAAACCCCUUACUCUUAUGGCAAAAUCAAACAAUCGCCUCAAAACCAUUUAAUCUGUGCUCAAAAUCAAACAAUGCUUUUCAAACACUACAGAGCGUUCAUUAGACACUACAUAAAAAAAUGGAGAACACAGCGUCCAGGGAAUGUAGUUACAGAUGUUUUUAUUUAUUGUAUAUAGUAAAUGCAUUUAGCAAUUAAAACAAAAAGGAUAGUAAUCACAACUUAGUGCAGUGAAUAUAUUGUAUACUGUAAGUACUGCAAGUAAUACAGUAUUGAAUGUCAGUAUAUUCAGCACUUGCAUGAAAAUACAGUAGUCCAACUGCAAAAGCCCAAAGAACAAGAACACUCUAAAUGAAAAGCACAUUACAGUACACUCAAAAAUGUUGUGCAACUGCGAAAUCAAAGUCAAUGAGAGAUUCAUUCUGCCUCAGCAUCACGUCUUUGUCCUGCUUCCCUCAUUGUCAUUCCAUGAACAACAACAUGGUCUAUCACAGUUGCUCGAAUUUCUUCUGAAAUUACUGUUCAUGGUCUUGCUCUUCCUCGUCCUCGUCCUGGUACUCUUCCUCCUCUGCCUCUCAGAUUGUUUCCAUCCAUUGUUGGUAUCAACAUCCAACGCACCUGUGCCACCUGUGCCACCUGUGCACUCUGAACUGGCUUAUAUUCUGUACAAUUGGUUUGAUCACAUCAUUAGAAACAAGUGUGAACAAUUUGGAGUGGUUGUGUGUAAACGAUGACAACUGUGUUGUAGUUGUGUUUAACUUUUGCCACCUGUGUUUACCAUUUUGUAACACAAGUGCAUCACAGUGCGAAAUGUGUUUUAGUGAGUGAGAAUGUGUUUAGAGUUUUGCAAAAAGACUGACUGAUUUGACAAAUGGGUUUAGGCCACUGAGCAUUUGGUUCAGAGAAUGGGGUUUAGUGUUUUAGCAAUUCAGAAAAACUGUAAGUUACUUUACACCACUGAUUGUAAAAUCAACUGAAAAGCAGUUGUACAUACAGUGAGGGAAAAAAGUAUUUGAUCCCCUGCUGAUUUUGUACGUUUGCCCAUUGACAAAGACAUGAUCAGUCUAUAAUUUUAAUGGUAGGUUUAUUUGAACAAUGAGAGACAGAAUAACAACAAAAAAUCCAGAAAAACGCAUGUCAAAAAUGUUAUAAAUUGAUUUGCAUUUUAAUGAGGGAAAUAAGUAUUUGACCCCUCUGCAAAACAUGACUUAGUACUUGGUGGCAAAACCCUUGUUGGCAAUCACAGAGGUCAGACGUUUCUUGUAGUUGGCCACCAGGUUUGCACACAUCUCAGGAGGGAUUUUGUUCCACUUCUCUUUGCAGAUCUUCUCCAAGUCAUUAAGGUUUCGAGGCUGACGUUUGGCAACUCGAACCUACAGCUCCCUCCACAGAUUUUUUAUGGGAUUAAGGUCUGGAGACUGGCUAGGCCACUCCAGGACCUUAAUGUGCUUCUUCUUGAGCCACUCCUUUGUUGCCUUGGCCGUGUGUUUUGGGUCAUUGUCAUGCUGGAAUACCCAUCCACAACCCAUUUUCAAUGCCCUGGCUGAGGGAAGGAGGUUCUCACCCAAGAUUUGACGGUACAUGACUUGUGGUCCUCUGUAGCUCAGCUGGUAGAGCAUGGCGCUUGUAACGCCAAGGUAGUGGGUUCGAUCCCCGGGACCACCCAUACACAAAAAAAAUGUAUGCACGCAUGACUGUAAGUCGCUUUGGAUAAAAGCAUCUGCUAAAUGGCAUAUUAUUAUUAUAUUAUUAUGGCCCCGUCCAUCAUCCCUUUGAUGCAGUUGUCCUGUCCCCUUAGCAGAAAAACACCCCCAAAGCAUAAUGUUUCCACCUCCAUGUUUGACGGUGGGGAUGGUGUUCUUGGGGUCAUAGGCAGCAUUCCUCCUCCUCCAAACACGGCGAGUUGAGUUGAUGCCAAAGAGCUCGAUUUUGGUCUCAUCUGACCACAACACUUUCACCCAGUUCUCCUCUGAAUCAUUCAGAUGUUCAUUGGCAAACUUCAGACGGGCCUGUAUAUGUGCUUUUUUGAGCAGGGGGACCUUACGGGCGCUGCAGGAUUUCAGUCCUUCACGGCGUAGUGUGUUAUCAAUUGUUUUCUUGGUGACUAUGGUCCCAGCUGCCUUGAGAUCAUUGACAAGAUCCUCCCGUGUAGUUCUGGGCUGAUUCCUCACCGUUCUCAUGAUCAUUGCAACUCCACGAGAUCUUGCAUGGAGCCCCAGGCCGAGGGAGAUUGACAGUUCUUUUGUGUUUCUUCCAUUUGCGAAUAAUCACACCAACUGUUGUCACCUUCUCACCAAGCUGCUUGGCGAUGGUCUUGUAGACCACAGCAUAGCGGGUGUUCAGUGUAACCUCUAUGAUUGAGUUGUCUUUCUGUAUCUCUCUCUUGCUCUCUCUGUCUCUCGCUCUCUGUAUCUGUCUCUCUCUCUAGGUGUAGAGGGCCAGGCGGUGGAGAUCUGUAACUUGGUAGAUAUAAGGGGGGAGUUCAACCAUGAAAUUGCAAUGAGGUUAACAUCAGAUGUGGACAGCAACGAUCAAUUCUUCACAGACCUCAACGGAUUCCAGGUACGGUUACUGUAUGAUACGGAUCUCUGUUUCUCUCUCGCUCUCUUUAACUCUCUCUCUUUUUCACUACCACUAUCUCUACUCAGGUACUGCAGUGCCCUCGGAUCAUUCAAUGAGAGAAUGUUCAUUUGUUUCGUACACACUGAAGGAUAAGUGUACAGGUUAAUCGGUCACAGCUGUACAAUUAAUGUAUUAUUUAUUCUUAGAGUCAAAUGGCUCUUCGAGUGCUGUAGUAUGAUUUUUAAGUUACCUGAAAGAGGGCAGGUGACAAUACUGACAAAAUCAUUGAGUGAAGAAUACACUGGACAAGAGCACACAUACAAAGCGAGGGCAAAGACCACAUAGUGAAAGAAGCAACCUUACACAAGGUGGAACAUUUGAAUUAGAACUGAUAGUAGGAAUGGACAAUUGAAGCCCGGACCCUGUCUAUCCAGUUGCACUUCAACAUAGAAAACAGAACCAUGGAUACUAGCUAUAGCCCAGAGCUCUGCAGUGUACCAGCUACUGUCACACAUUUCAACACAAGAAGUACUGCGUUUCUUGCUUCUGAACUGGCUUGUGCUUGGACAAUUAUGACAUGAUUAGCAAUUAACUAUGAUAGAAAUGGCUAUUUUGUAGCAUUAGCUUGACAUCAAAUUUACAUUGAAACUAGCUGAAUGGGGGUAUAUUAGCUGUUCAAGUUCCCAGAAGGGACUUCAUUGAAAUCUUCCAAUUUGUGUCAUGACAUAAAGUUUUGAAAACAAAAGCUGAAACUAUAAAAAUUUGUUCACGGGAGAAUCUUCCGACAGAUCAGUGUUUGAGCGCCUUUGCCAAUUAGAUAGGCUGCCAUAUUUCUAGAGAGAGGCAAUUUUUUCUCGCAAUCUCUAUUUGCAUGUUUUUGCCAGUCUGACCUUGAUUUCAGGGAUUAAGAGGGAUUUACUGCCAUCAGAGAUGAAACACAACUCAAUGCUUCACGCAAAUUAAAAACAACAACAUACUUGAACAGCUUCCCAUAGCCAUUGUAGUCAAAACAAACUCGUCGGCUUAAGAUAAAGAUCCCACUCAACACACCUGCUCUCUGGUGAUUCAGUAUGCGUGGGGCCAUGAAUUUUUCCCUACAGGACAAACUCUAGGUCUUCGUUAAAGUCUAGGGCUCUGAGUUUUUCCUGGUCAGGUCACAUGGUCAGGAAGUACUCCUGAUGCUAUGUCAUAGCACUCUUGUUUCUCAAGUACCCGCAUUGCACGUCAAGGCUCAUUGCGCUUCAGCCCAUAGGACGUCACUGUAUAAAGCGUGGGUAUUGUGUAACCAUGCUAUGUAUGUUGUCUGCAGAUCCAGCCCAGAAGAACCAUGGCCAAGCUUCCCCUUCAAGCCAACUUCUACCCCAUGACCAGUAUGGCCUACAUCCAGGACCCCGGCACCAGACUGACCCUGCUCACUGCACAGUCUCUGGGCUCCGCCAGCCUGGAGAGUGGUGAGUGAAAGCCGGUGAAUUUGUUUUCUGUUGUCUAUUGGAAGGGCGUCAGUACUUCAAGUCUCCGGGAAAGAUGACAUCCCUUCUCGAUUCUAAGCUUGCCAUCUGUGUACCAGUGGAGGCUGCUGAGGGGAGGACGGCUCAUAAUAAUGGCUGGAAAGGAGCAAAUGGAAUGGCAUCAAACACAUGGAACCCAUGUGUUUGAUGCCAUUCCACUCCAGCCAUUAACACAAGCCUGUCCUCCCCAAUUAAGGCACCGGGAUGUGAAAAGAGGGGGAGAUACAGUACGACUUGAUUUAAAAUGAGUGAAGUUUCUAUCUUGCUGUUUCUGGCCAAGCUUUAAAAAAAAUAAAGUUCUGUACUUUGAUGAAUUUAUCUUAUGUGACCAGAAGACAACGUGAUAUCAAAAUAUUUAUGAAGAUAACCUUUGACCUUUCCCCUCCAGGCCAGUUGGAGGUGAUUAUGGACCGUCGGCUGAACCAGGAUGAUAACCGCGGGCUGGGCCAGGGUGUUCUGGACAACAAAGUUACUGCCAGCUCCUUCCGCCUGCUCCUGGAGAAGAGGGCCAAGACCGAGGUGGUACUUACAACAGGAGUUUGAAGUUUGAGAUUGAAUUGAGCUCACUACACAUUCCGUUUUGUCAUUUUCAUACUUACUGUAGUUUGUAGUUCUACUGUAGUUUUACUGAAGUUCACUUACUUUAAGGUCAAUAAUGGAGACUUGAUUAACACUAGAAAGGCCUCGAGGGCCCCCGCUUCUAGCCAAUGAUGCGUCUUUUGGACGUCAACAUUCUAAAAGCCUAAGAAAUACAUUCCAUAUAUGCUAUCGGAAAAAGUAGCCUUUGAUUGUGUUUAUUAAGGUAACAUUAUAAUACGAAAUAACAAUUAUUUCAAAGAACAUAAUAGCAUUUCCAUUAGGUUAUGUUACUGUAGGCUAUAUGGAAAAAACACUAAAACACCACAAUUCAAGAGUCAAAUCCAUCACAAAGAAACCCAUUAGAAUUUUGUUUUGGCAGGUCUUAAGAAAUUUUAUGGAAAUAAGAAAAUGUUUUUCAAAAGAACAGAAUAACAUAUUUUAAGUUGUAUUACUAGUCUUUGCUUAGUGGGCUGAGCUAUGCUGCCGCGAGUGAUCAUGUGUUGAACGAAUGGAACAGCGGAUAUUCUUGGAAAAAGUCAUACUUUGAAAUAGAGCUCAGCUCUUGAAUUUUGAGAGUUAUUUGACAAAGGUAAGUGUUUUAGAAAUGGCAUAAUCUGCUCUUUCUGAUACUAUAUAUAAAUCAAACAUCUUACCUGUGGUCCUCUGUAGCUCAGCUGGUAGAGCACGGCGCUUGUAACGCCAAGGUAGUGGGUUCGAUCCCCGGGACCACCCAUACACAAAAAAAAAAUGUAUGCACGCAUGACUGUAAGUCGCUUUGGAUAAAAGCGUCUGCUAAAUGGCAUAUUAUUAUUAUUACCUGCAUGUGACUAGGAUUUCCCUGCCUCUGUGUCAAUUCCAAGCUGUUCCCAUCUCUUCAUGCCUUUAAAAAUGGCAGAGUAAUACAAAAUGUACAUUUGUUUUGCGUCCACAUGACGCUCUCAUCAUUUAUAGUGUUAAGACAUUAGGGUUAAAACAUUGUCAUGUAUUACAUUAUGGUAAUUUGUCUCUUUUGCCCCAGAGUAUUGUCCUAACGUCCCUGUCUCUACUUUGAUAUUUCCAGGGGGAGAAACCCUCGUCCCUCAGCUACCCGUCUCUGCUGAGUCACGCGUUGUCGCUGUACCUGAACCACCCUCUGAUCUCCAUGGCUGUCAGCACGGAGGCACAGUCCCUGUCCUUGUCCGCCUUCAGCCCGCUGGCCUCAUCCCUGCCCUGUGAUGUCCACUUGGUCAACCUACGCACCAUCCAGUCCAAGGUAAUGCUACAGAAUACUUCCUCACUUCUCUUUUCUCCCUGUGGAGCAUAAGGCCGCAUCAAGCUUAUGCUUUACAUUGUUGCUCUUAUAGCUGUGUAGUAACGCUUUAAUUGCAAUUACAUUUACAUGUUGUUACGUAGUGAUUUAAUCAUUGCUUUGUACUUGCAUAUUCAUUGAGUUGAGACAUGAACCGUUCCAAAUAUGUAGCUAGCAACAAAAAACGCUCAGGUCAUUUGCUACUGUAUGUAAAUACUGAAUAACUAUGUAAUAACAUGUUAAUACAAUGUUACUAGAGUAGUUACAGGGUUACUACACUGGAGCAACUUCAUAGAAAGACUAAGAGUUACCAAGUUUUCUGAAGUGAUGACUGUACCGCUGUGUUCUCAUAGUCAUGUUUUUUAUUAAGAUCCUCCCUGGCUGUAUUGAUUUAAAUCUACCAAUGUGGAAUCCUGGUUUAAUCUCUUGUUUGUUAGGACAAACACACACUCAGCACUCCUCCAGGGGCUCUCCAUUAAGGUCCUUAUAUUAUCUCUGUAAAUACACUACAUCUCUGUGUUGUACAUCUUCUAUAAUCUCCUACUUUGUUGUCGCAUGGCCCGUUAACUCGGAUGAUAGAGCCAUCUCUCAUGUCAAAGAUCGAGCUAAUUGUUCCGCUGAGAAGGGGAAUCUGCAGACCAAUUUGCUCAAUUAUCGAUUGUAAAGAUACGCUCUGACAUCCAAUUUGACUCUAAGAACAAAUCAAAAGAGGAGACGUGAAAUGUGUUAGAGAUGAGGGCUUUGUAUGAAUUUAUAUGAAUACUCACAUGAUGACACCACUGCCGCUACUGCUACCACACUUAGUAUGCACUGUGGCAUCUCUCCAUUUACUUAGCCAGGGACUGUGGAUGUAAAAGAAACACAAUUUCUGGAGGGAGGAUGAAAUUGACUUGGACUUGUUCUGUCAGGGAGUAAACUACAGUAGUUACCCUGUUUCAGAUUCAGACCUGGGUUUAAAUACGAUUUAAAAUCUUUGAAAUACCUUGAGUGUUUGCUCUCGCCUGACUGGAGUUCCAGAUAGGACGGUUUGCAGUAUUGGAACUACUCUAUUGGUCCAUUAAGCCAGACAAGCUCAAUCAAGCACAGAUUAAGUAUUUGAAAUGUUUUGAAAUAGUAUGUGAACCCAGGUCUGUUUCAGAAUCAGCUCCUUGAACAUGGCUGUGGAAAUGCAGCUGACCUGUGAAAGGGUGGUCUCUAUAAUUGCUCCAGUGUUGAGGCUGAGGGGGAGGGGGGCGGGGGGGGGGGGACAGUGGGGGUCUUUAUGGGGACUGAAGCGUUUGUCACUGGCCCUACAGGAGGACGGGGGUGGUCCAUCGGACGAGGCGGCUUUGAUUCUGCACAGAAAAGGCUUUGACUGCGCCUUCUCCAAUAGGAACACAGGGCUACUGUGUGCCACCACGCAGGGGAAGGUAAACCUGCCACACACAUGUCGGCACGCUAACACACACAGGAGCACACACACACAGGCACAGGCAUACACACACACAGAGACAUCCGUGCAUGCAUGCACACAAACACACACACGCACACAAACACCAAAAUUAAAGUGGUCACCAAACACUCUUUAUUAAUUAGUGAUUAAAGGGAAUUGUAACCUGAGGGUUAAAAGGAGAGUUGCACGUGAUGCUCUUCAUUCAAACAGUUUGUAGUACUAUUGGUCUUUGAACAGAAAUUAACUUCCCCUCUAGCAAAGCGGAUCAAGAGUCACAUGCCACAGAGAAUCUGCUGCGAGGAAGGAAAUGUCUUUCUUGGGAAAUGGGAAAUGUCUUUCUUGCAUUUCCUCGCUUUCUGAUGACAACUACUAUAAUGCAGCCAUCAUCAGUUUAAGUGAAUACUUAUCUCUCUCCAAGAGGAAGUAGGCUGUUAUUACAAAAUGGCUAGAGUAGAUGGUGAAAUCUCUGUUGACCCUGGCACUGCAGACCACUGCAAAUUUUUCUUAAAUCAGCAUCUCUACAUGUAUGACAGCCAUUCCAUUCCAGUGUCAGUUGAAUUCCAACACAGGCACACCUCAUUCUACUGAGUUAGGUACUGAUUAGGUGAUCACAUGAACCAAAUCGUAUUUAACAAGGAAAAGUAUAAAAACCACUGCUGUGGUCAUCACUAUCCUCUUGCAAUAGGACCAGCUGGAUGGCAAAAACUGUGCUAAUAGUACCUCAAAAGUAAUAUUAAUCAAAAAAUAACUAUUGACCAUGCCAAAAGAGUUGAAAAGGAACGUUUUGAGUGAGGAAAAUAAGGUUUCAAUUCUGGCUUUACUGGCAGAGGGAUACAGUGAGCGUCAGGUUGCUUCCAUCCUUAAAAUUUCAAAGACGGCGGUUCAUAAGAACAAGGUCAAGCAGCAGACAUUGGGGACAACAAAGCUACAGACCGGCAGAGGGCGAAAACGACUCUCUACUGACCAGGAUGACCGCCAACACAUUCGAAUGUCACUCAACAACCGUAGGAUGACUUCAAGUGACCUACAAAAAGAAUGGCAAACGGCAGCUGGGGUGAAGUGCACGGCGAGGACUGUUCGAAACAGGCUCCUAGGGGCAGGGCUGAAGUCGUGCAAAGCUAGAAGGCUCUGUCAUCCAGGCUCUGUCAUAGCCGGCCGCGACCGGGAGACCCAUGGGGCGGCGCACAAUUGGCCCAGCGUCGUCCAGGGUAGGGGGGGGAAUGGCCGGCAGGGAUGUAGCUCAGUUGGUAGAGCAUGGCGUUUGCAACGCCGGGGUUGUGGGUUCGAUUCCCACGGGGGGCCAGUAUGAAAAAUUUCAAAAUAAUGUAUGCACUCACUAACUGUAAGUCGCUCUGGAUAAGAGCGUCUGCUAAAUGACUAAAAUGUAAAAUGUAAAUGUAGAAAAAAGCCCUUAAUCAAUGAGAAGCAAAGAAGAGCCAGGCUGAGGUUUGCAAAAGACCAUAAGGAUUGGACCGUAGAGGACUGGAGUAAGGUAAUCUUCUCUGAUGAGUCCAAUUUUCAGCUUUGCCCAACACCUGUUCGUCUAAUGGUUAGACGGAGACCUGGAGAGGUCUACAAGCCACCGUGUCUCGCACCCACUGUGAAAUUUGGUGGAGGAUCGGUGAUAAUCUGGGGGUGCUUCAGCAAGGCUGGAAUCGGGCAGAUUUGUCUUUGUGAAGGACGCAUGAAUCAAGCCACGUACAAGGUUGUCCUGGAAGAAAACGUGCUUCCUUUUGCUCUGACAUUGUUCCCCAACUCUGAGGAUUGGUUUUUCCAGCAGGACAAUGCGCCAUGCCACACAGCCAGGUCAAUCAAGGUGUGGAUGGAGAACCACCAGAUAAAGACCCUGUCAUGGCCAGCCCAAUCUCUAGACCUGAACCCCAUUGAAAACUUCUGGAAUGUGAUCAAGAGGAAGAUGGAUGGUCACAAGCCAUCAAACAAAGCCGAGCUGCUUGAAUUUUUGCGCCAGGACAGGCAUAAAGUCACCCAACAUCAAUGUGAAAGACUGGUGGAGAGCAUGCCAAGACGCAUGAAAGCUGUGGUUGAAAAUCUGGGUUAUUCCAACAAAUAUUGAUUUCUGAACUCUUCCUAAGUUAAAACAUUACUAUUGUGUUGUUUAAAAAUGAACAUGAACUUAUUUUCUUUGCAUUAUUCGUGGUCUGACAACACUGUAUCUUUUUUGUUAUUUUGACCAGUUGUAAUUUUCUGCAAAUAAAUGCUCUAAAUGACAAUAUUUUUAUUUGGAAUUUGGGAGAAAUGUUGUCAGUAGUUUAUAGAAUAAAACAAAAAUGUUAUCUUUACCCAAACACAUACCUAUAAAUAGUAAAACCAGAGAAACUGAUAAUUUUACAGUGGUCUCUUACUUUUUUCCAGAGCUGUAUAUACUGAACAAACAUUAAAACACAACAUGUAAAGUGUUGGUCACAUGUUUCAUGAGCUGAAAUAAAAGAUCCCAGAAAUAUUCCAUAUGUACAAAAAGCUUAUUUAUCUCAAAUGUUGUGCACAAAUUUGUUUACAUCCCUGUUAGUGAGCGUUUAUCCUUUGUCAAGAUAAUCCAUCCAUCUGACAGGUGUGGCAUAUCAAGAAGCUGAUUAAACAGCAUGAUCAUUAAACAGGUGCACCUUGUGCUGGGGACAAUAAAAGGCCACUCUAAAAGGUGAAGUUUUGUCACACAACACAAUGCAACAAAUGUCUCAAGUUUUGAGGGAGCGUGCAAUUGGCAUGCUGACUCCAGGAAUGUCCACCGUUGUUGCCAGAUAAUUUAAUGUUAAUUUCUCUACCAUAAGCCGCCUCCAACGUCGUUUUAGAGAAUUUGGCAGUACGUCCAACCGGCCUCACAACCGCAGCACAGGACCUCCACAUCUGGCUUCUUCACCUGCGGGACCGUCUGAGGCCAGCCACUCGGACAGCUAAUGAAACUGAGGAGUAUUUCUGUCUGUAAUAAAGCCCUUUUGUGGGGAAAAACUCAGUCUGAUUGGCUGGGCCUGGCUUCACAGUGGGUGGGCCUGGCUGCCAAGUGGGUAGGCCUAUGCCCUCCAAGGCCCACCCAUGGCUGCGCCCCUGCCCAGUCAUGUGAAAUCCAUAGAUUAGGGCCUAGUAAAUGUAUUUUAAUUGACUGAUUUCAUUUUCAUUUACAUUUUCAUCAUUUAGCAGACGCUCUUAUCCAGAGCGAAUUACAAAUUGGUGCAUUCACCUUAUGAUAGCCAGUGGGACAACCACUUUACAAUAGUUUAUUAUUAUUAUUAUUAUUAUUUAUUUAUUUUUUGGGGGGUGGGGUAAGUCGGGGUAGAAGGAUUACGUUAUCCUAUCCCAGGUAUUCCUUAAAGAGGUGGGGUUUCAAGUGUCUCCGGAAGGUGGUGAGUGACUCCGCUGUCCUGGCGUCAUGAGGAUUUCCUUAAAUGAACUGUAACUCAGUGAAAUCUUUUAAAUUGUUGCAUGUUGCAUUUAUAUUUUUGUUCAGUAUACUUAAUAAGCCUAUUAAUAUAUUCUAAAAUAAUAGGAUAUUUCAUCAUGAUCAAAGCAGGCGUCAAAUACUUUUAUUAAACCUAUCCAUCAACCCCUUUUAUAAUGUGUUCUCUAUUCAAACAUGCGGUUAUAACGUCAUUGUUCAUGUUUGGUUUGGUUCUCUCACAGAUCCACACGGAGAAACUGUUUUCAGAACUGAGAUUCCAGAGCAUCAUCCCCGUGUCUCUGACUCUGAUGCAUACGACUGAGGGAAGGUGGAGCAGAGAGGAAAUCAGCCUUAAACCAAUGGAGAUCAGCACAUACCGCGUGAAGCUGACAUGAGAGCUGGCCAGAGAGGCUAGUCGGUGACUGCCACGGCACAUGCCCAACAUCCGGCCUCUGUUCCUGUGCCGAAAAACAUUGUCAGCGAGGCUAUGCAGAAGCUUAGGGACAUAGGACAUCCUUGGAACAGACAGAAGGAGGGAAAGAGGAAGAGCGAGAGAAGGAGAGAGGGAGGAGGGGAAGAAAGGAGAGAGGCAGGAGGAGAAGGAAAUGGAACUUGAUUAAGCUUCAUUCUAAAAGUGCAAUAUGAUAUUGUUUGAGUCCAGUAUCCCUAGUUAUCCUGCAGUCUCAGGUUCAGUAUGUGUUGCGAACGUUUGUGUUGCAAUUUCACUUGAACUCACUCUAUUGAGAAGACCACAGGUCCAGAUUUCCUUUUCCACUAAUAUGUUUUGUACAAUGUGAUUAUUUUUGUUUUACUGAGGUAUGGUUUCAAUCAUAGUGAAUAUUGCUUAAUGUCCUUGGCAUGCCGAAAAAAGAUUUGAAUGCCAACUGAUUCUAAAUAUAUAUUUUUUAAAUAUGUUUAAUUGCAAGUGAGAUUAUGUUUACAUUUUUCCAAAGAGCAAAAAUGUGCCUUAUUUAUCAAUUUCAUAAUGAGCCCAAUGUACAUAUCCUUUAUAUGUUGUUCCGCUUGGAGAAAAAUGUCUGUUACAUUUACAUUUUAGUCAUUUAGCAGACGCUCUUAUCCAGAGCGACUUACAGUUAGUGAGUGCAUACAUUAUUGUUACAAUUUACGAUCGAUGCAAAAUUACUGCAGCUAAUAGUUGAUGUUAUAUAAUUGACAUGUGACAUCACAUUAAUUGAUAU